GUCAGAAGAGUAUUGGGACGCGGCCUCGUCCAGAUGUGGGCCUGCCUGCCUGGGCGUCUGUGCGGUGAGUUUAACCACAGUGAAAUCUGAGCUUCUCCCGGCCUGGCUCGCUGUAUUUUGGGAUGUUUUACACGGGGCAGGACAAAGACACGUUACCAGGCGGGAUCCCGGAGUGAGCAGAUGUUCGUGCAGUGGGAAAAGAAGAAGAGAGGACAUUGUUUCUGCGGAGGAAAAGGGACCCAGAGACGGUAAGAGCCCGCGGCUUGUCUCGGUAGUUUCUGUGGUUGGUGUUAAAAAUGUGCAGAGCUGGUAGAAACGGAGGAAUUCCUGCAGUCAGGAGUGGAAGUGAAGGACAGCUGACUGGAAAACGAAACGGCUGAUUUAAAGCAGAAGAAGAGUGAAAAUAAGAGUUUAAAGGAGCUUUAAAGUUUACUGACAUUAACUCUGAGCUCUAACUUUAGUCCGAGUUUGUGAUUUACUGCCGUGUCGCCUUCAGGGCUCUCUCCGGGUGUUCCCGAUUUAAUGACAGACCAUCCAAAACAUUAACCACGUGUGGUCGCACAUUAACACCAUCACUGCUGAGUGCUGUCCGAGGGUCCGAGGGGGAAAACCGACCUGUAAAUGUCUGUAUAAGAGAUAUCGAUCCACGAUAUCCAGAAAAGAAGAGUCUGAGAGAGAUGAGACGGAUAAUAGGGACUAGUUUGUGGAAAUGAAUGAGAAUCUACACAGACUUAAUGUCGACUUUUAAUCAUGGUGGUAUCCUAGAUGACAAAAAUAACGCUGCUGUGAGUUCACGAUAAUAAAAGACGAAGAAGAAAAGAGCGGGAAAUGUUAGCUAAAAGAUAGGUUAGUUACUUUCGCCAAAGUAAAAGAUAAGGUCUGAAUGCCAGUUUAAUUAAAAAAAGAUACAUUGAACCCAAUUAAAACAGACACUAAAAUGUUUACUUCAACACUAGGAAGCUGUUUGACUCACGAAAACUCUGCUAACGUUGACGGCUAACGUCAAAUGUUAAAUUCAUAACAGAAGAAGAAUUCUGGUCAACGUUAGCUUGUAAUAGAGAAAGCUGAGAGAUGCACUGGUGGUUUUCUAAACCAAAAUAAUAAAGAAAUCUGCCGUAAAAUUCUUAAACGCUGUCUAAAAAUCACCCAAAUAAAAAAAAAAAAAACAGCUUAGCUAGCGGAAAAUAAUCAGAGACUAGUCGACUAGCAUGAGCUAACUGUCUAAUCAAAACUAGUGGGAAAUGUUAGCUAAAAGAUGGGUUAGUUGCUUUCUAAGAUGUCAUCUUAGCUGUUCACCUGAUCAUAAAGUGACAUUGCCAGGUAGCUAGCUGACUUAAAUAUUAGUGUUGACUAAAGCCAACCAAAGAAAAAGAAUGUUAUUUGCCAGAUAGCUAAUAAAGAACAAUAUGAAACCAGGCUACCAGCAAAAAUACAUGAAGCAUGUUCAACUAAUAAGCCGAUUUAAUCUCAUCUAAAGUGGUAGACUGUAGCUAGUAGGUGAUAUGGGAAAAAGUUUAUCACAAUAUUUUUUGUAUCAGUCGAUAUUGAAAUUAAAUUUUAAUUAAAUCCUCCUCUCCUGUUUUGAUUAGAGAGAGUUAGCAGUGAAAGGAAACUCUGAUAUACCAAACAUUUUGUUCAUAUUUUAGAAGAGACUCCCUCAGAAAUCUCUCCCAUAGUAAUUUUUGUCUCUUGUUGUGUUUUUACCAUCUCUAUUGUGUCUUAUGUCCACCUGAAGAAAGUUCUGUACAGUAUCUAAGGCCUGUGUUAAGAGCUCAGACCGUUCUCUGAUUGAAGUCCUCUCCUUGUCUCCUUGCAGAUAUGGCUGAAAAUGUCCCUGGAUUCAGAUAACUCCUGUGUUGUGCUGUCAACGAGAGACUCCAGGACCUCCUGCAUCUUCCAACCUGCAGAUGAGAAGGAUGACAUCCCAGGAGUGGGAGAGGAGAGGUACCUGACUCAAACUCUGCGCUCACACUUUGAAACUUUUCAGUAGUUUUUAUACUUGAUCUCACUUUGAGUAUCCUGAACUCAAAGUUACAAACACAGUGAAGUCAAACUUGACUCAGCUGUCUGUCCUCCUGCAGCGUCCUGGAGAUGCUGAGCUACUCCAAGUACUCGGACUUGGAGACAUGGCUUUGUAUGCCAUCCUCUCUGCUGCUGUCCAGAGACCUGGACUCCAUCCUCACCUCCUGCUCUACCUCCACCAACUCCUCUUCCUCACAUGCAUCCAACCACUCCUGCAACUCAGCACCAGCAUCCUCCUCCUCGUCUCCGGCCUCCAACCCCCGACACUCCACAUGCAGCGAGCCGGGAGAGAGCAGGACUCACAGGUGGGUUUGUGGUGGUGGACUUUGAAGGUCAACUUCAGGUGUUUAAAGAUGACAGGGGGGGGUUUUAAUCUGUAUUUAUACAUGCAAACAUUUUCAGUCUGAUAGACCCCAUGUGUCCUUUUUAAAUGAUGUUUAAAGUUCUGCUGCACUGUCCCUCUAAAAAGUGCAAACUGUGGUCACUUCAGAGUCUUCUCCUCCUACUUCUCCUCCUCUUCCUCAUUGUUCCCCAGUUGCUGCAGCUCAUAAAGUAUUUGUGUGGCUCCAUGGUGAUGGCGGCUAUGUGGGGAGAGAUAAGCGUAAAGGCUGCAGGGAGUCUGAGAGGAAACAUGGGCGUUUAUAGAUUUGGGAAUUGCGUUGCUGGUGUGAGGAAGUGUGGUCAUUAGGAGUGUUUGUUGAAUAGCUGCAGGGGCUCUGUAGGUGGAGGCACCGGGAACAUAAAGGAGCAGAUUAGUUUGGACUGAUUGUAGGUAAUUACAAGACGAGAGUGGAGGAAAGUUUGAAGCUGCUUUUAGAAGAAGUGGAAGACUGAAAGACUGCGGCUCCAUCUUUGACAUUUGGAGCAUCAUGACUUAAAAAGAGGACAAAGGAGACCUGGAACUGUUAAAGGUCAAGAUUUCACUCUCCAGACUCCAGAAACUGGUCUGCUGGGUAGAUCUGUCCCAUCCAUGAACCAGUAGAAAAUGACGCCUUUCUGGUGGUCAAACUUUUGUAAACUUUGAGUUUGUUAUUAAGGAAGAUAAAAAAAACAGCUGAGAAAACUUUUGUUAGAAUUCUUUUGGGGUCAAGUCAUAUUUUCACCAGACUGUAAACCUGGAGGUUCCUUCAAAUCACAUUUAAAAUGAGCAGAAAUGAAUCAUAAAACACUCAAAACAAAGUCAGUUUUUGUUUCUGCUGCGUCCAAACUUUAUAACAAUGUUUGAUAGUUUAUCAGCAGGACUCUUCCACUGCAGAGAAGGUCUCCUGGUGUCCCUCUCUGUCUCGUACAGAGGUGUCAGUAUAAUUUUCAUUACCUGCUGAAACGCCUCACAGAAGCUUUCAAACCUCAGAUGAUUUAAGCAUCUGACUGGUAUGGACAUUUGAUCUCCUACUUUAGCUGGAGGUUUCCUUUCUCCUGACACAAAGGCUCUGACUGAUCAGACGGAUAAACUCUGAUACUGUUGAGUCCAGGUACACUCAGGUACAGAGUGGGGUAAGCUAACACCUCUGCUGAACACCUGAGAGGAACUCUUCCUGCCGUGGACCUCUUCUCCUAGUUUACUCCUUUCAAACGCUGAGGAUUUGGAUUUUUAAAACCCAACUUGAUCUGUUGAAGUGCGCUGGUCACACAUGUUGAGCCGGGCUCAGCUGCUGGACUUUGUUUUCAGGAGGAAAAAGCCGAGAAGUGGUCGGGUUUGGAGGUCCUCCUGGUGGAGCUGCAGCUAUGAGGUUUCAGAGAUCAGGUAUCAGGAGGACGCAGCAGCUGGACGUGUUUUUACUCUCUUAGAGGAGGCUCCAUGAACAGUCUUUAUGUGACAUGGUCUUCUGAAGAUCAUGACCUUCUCUCUCUGUUGGUUUCUCUGCUGCAGGUCAUCAGAGGAGAUGCUCUUCCUCCCCAUCCUCUCCUCCACCCCUGCUGCUCCUCCUGCUGCAGAGACGACGGUCGGGGACUCCUCCACCUCCCACGGCGGGGUCAGCAUCAGGAAAAGGAGACGACUCGCUGCCAGUCCAGGAGGACUCCACUGGAACUCUGCAGGUGAGACCAGAUCUGGUAGAUAGUGGAGUUUAACACAGACCCCCCGUCUUCUUCUACUUCUUCUUUAUGUGAGGGUGAAAACAGCCAUGAAAUCCCCCUGUCUGAAUCCAGCCUGUGUGUGUGUUUGUGUGUCUCUGUCAGCUGCAGUGUUGUGUACAUGUUUACAUUCUACAAAUACAGAUGCUGCACAACGAUCACUUUCGCUGUGAGCCGAUGGGGGGCAGCAUUCAGAAAAAAUCUUUGUUUCAGAUCAAUCGUGGAUAAAUGAGGAAGUGUUUGAGGUCAUGUGACUGACUGCUGUCAUGUUCCUGUUGCACGUGUGUUCAGUACAGAUUUAGCAGCUCUUUCAUUUCCUUUUUUCUUUUCUCAUUUUUAUUCUCUCUUUUCUUUUCUUUUGUUCUUUUUAUUCUUUUUUCUUUAAUUUCCUGUCUUCUUUCUUUUUCUUUUUUAUGUUCUUUUUAUUCUUCUUUUUCUUUGCUUUUUUCUCUUAUUAUUUCCUGUCCUUUUUCUUUUCUUUUUUCUUUUUUUCUUCUUUUUCUUUUCUCUUUUUCUUUUAUUAUUUUCUGUCCUUUUUCUUUAUUUUUAUUCUUCUUUUUCGUUUUUUUAUUUCCUGUCCUUUUUCUUUUCUUUUGAUCUUUUCCUUUUACUUUCCUUUAUUUUCUUUCCCUUCUGUUUCCUUUCUGUUGUUUUUUCUUUUCUGUUUCUCUUUCCUUUCCUUGUCUUUUUAUUUUUAUUUUCAUUCUCUUGUUUUCUUUCUCUCCUUUUUUCUUUUUUUAAUUUUCCGUCUAGUUUUCCUUAUCGUCAUUUAAGUCUCUAUGAUAGUUUUAAUAAAGAAAUCACGUUUUCUUUUAAACUCUGAAAAUCACAUUUUACCCCGACAUUAAAAAUGAGUUUUAAAAGGAGGUGGAAAUGUCUCAGGAUGUUUGUGGGCUGAUUUUUACAGCUCUGCUCUUUCACUGAAACAGAAACUGUAGAAUCACAUCUGCGCUGGUUUUAUUAGUUUUACCAGUUUUUACUCUGGGAUUCAGGUGAUAACAGGAGUCAGUGAUGGUUAAAUUCAGGAGUCAGUGAUGGUUAAAUUCAGGUUGGCGGUGAUGUUGUGGACGUGCCGUCGGGUCAGGAAUGUCUCAGACUCUUUCUCCUCUGUUGUUCUUGUUUACUCUGUCCGAGGCUUCACUUCCUGUGUUGGUGCGUCCGUCUUUUAGCUCCACCCUUCAGGAGAAUGAUAAUUAACUUCCUGCUGAUUAAAGUCGGUCUCCUCCUCGUCACUCUGAAUCUUUGAGGAUCGGAGUUUAAAAUAGCCUCAGUGCCAGAAAGAGUAAACACAUUUAGACUACGUUUGUCCGUCAGCUCUGAAUUUAACCCUCAAACCAGAUUAAAUUAAAUUAAUUCAGAUUCAAAUCCAUCAGAAUUAAAAACACAAACUCUGAUUUAAAACAGACGCAGAGCGGAGAGAUCAGUCUGCAUGAAAACUGACAUGUCUCUUUGGUGUCUGUCCUGACGAGGUCGACCUGACGGGUGUUUUUUAACGUCUGUGUUCAGACAGAAAAAUCAGUUUAAUAUUUCAGUUUGACUUUAGUCCACCAGAGGGCGCUCUUCAGCUGCACACACACCGGCCUGGAGAUGAUAAAAACACACACUCAGACUCUGUUCAGCAGAUAUUAACACAGAAUUAUUAACUAAAUUAAUAAUAUAAGAGUUAAUCAUUUAUACUGACUUCUGAUUGGCUGGAAUAUUAAUGAGCUUCAGUUGGUUAUUAAAGCCUCACUCACCCUCUUCUUCUUCUUCUUCUUCUCCUGAUUUCAAACCUCAGCAACAUAAAUAAAGACUUUGAUCCAGAUCACUGAGUUGAAGCUUUGUUUAAUUUUUUUUAAUUAAAUCUAAGGUCAGGAUUAAAAUAAUAAACAUGUCAGUUCAUUGGUCACAAAUAAACAAGUAGAAAAAAAUCACACAUAAAUAUUAAUUAUUUAAUGAAUUAAAAAAGUAGUCAGUAAAAUAUUUAUAGUAGAAGUCAAAAUAAAAAGAUUUGUGUGAAUAAAUCAAUAAAAAUAUGACAUUUAAUAAUAAGGAAAUAAAAGCCUUCAUGUAGUUCUCUCUCUGUCCUCCGGGUGUCCUAACCAGCUCUCUUGUUUAAUCAUGUCAGUAAAUGUUCGUCAAUGUUCAUUCGUUUUCUCUGCUGUCGUUGCUUUCAGAGUUUAUCUCCUCCAGUCGAACCUUCGACCCUCCUCCUGACUCUCUCUCCCACUCUUCCUCACUGAACUCUGAUCUUCCCUUCCUGUCCCUCAGCUCAGCGCAGACCUCUUCUUCUGCAGGUCUGAUCAGCGUCUGUCUGAUAUCACCGAACAACACAUCCUUUUACUGUUUCUCACCUCAUGAAGAUUUAAUGCAGCAGCUCAGGUAGUCAGCUGUCCUGCAGCCCGACACCUGAUCUCUCUCUCACACACACGCUCACGCACACACACACACACACACACUCACACACACACACACACACACACACUCUCACACACACUCACACACACACACACACACACACACACACACACACACACACACACUCUCUCUGAAUGGAUGGAAACAGAACACCUGUAGAGUAAAUUGGAGGCUCUUUGCAGAAAAACCUGCAGACGGAGGUUUUGAUAUCUGACUUUAAAUAGGAGCUGGGAAGUCUCUCUCUCUCUCUCUCCUUUCUCUCUGACCUGUUUCUGCUAUCAGUUCCAUCCAUGAACAUGUGGACAUGAUCGUUUUCUCAUCAGGACUCCAAAAAUAUGAUAAAUGAUAAUCUGAAAGAGAAAUAAAGAAAAAGUCGAAAGAUGUUUGUUUGAUGACAAAAAGUUAAAAAAGUUAAAAAUCUGCUCUAACAGAGUGUUUACGCUGGAUUCAAGCUUCAGAACGGAGACUAGAACUGUUCAGGUCAGAUGUCACACACUUACUUUCCUCUGUGUGUGUGUGUGUGUGUGUGUGUGUGUGGUGUACAGUAUCAUCAGUGUCUCUGGUUUCUCUCCUCCAGGUUCGGUGCAGCGGGACUUCUGGUCACCUGACUCAUCUCAGGUAUCAGCGAGGACAGCAGGAGGUGGACAGGGAGGAGGCGCGAAGAGUCUCCCCCUGACAGAUGGAGGCGGGGCGGCGUGGGGCAGCGAGCGGGCGGUCCUGAGAAAGACGGUUUCAGUCGACGAUCGUCUGCUGCAGCCGGCAGGUAGAGAACAACCUCACCUGAGACUGCUGAGCCGCCUGGAGAGAGGGAGGAAGAAACUCCGCAACAUCAGAGUGAGUCUGUCUUUUUAAGUGUCUCUGUAGACCUGAGGGAACCCACCAGACCAGGUUCUGUAGACCUGAGUGAACCCACCAAACCAGGUUCUGGAGUUUAAUCGAGGGUUUCAGCUGCUCAACAGUUCAGGGUCUCCUUGGUGUUGUUGUCAGAAUGUGGUUUGGGAUCAUUUGAAGGUCUUUCCUGAAAAAGUCUUUGUCUGGAUGGACGCAGAUGUUCCUCAUAAACCUGGAGAUAUUGUUUAAAACUGAGGAUGCAGCAUCUAUGAUUUCAAGUUCUACGUUAAAAGGCGAAACGUCCCAAGUAAGUCCAGUUGUCCUUUCCAAAAGAGUUUUAGACUUUGAUCCACCAGACUUUAGGACAGUUCACGGACAUGCCGUGACUCCAACUACAGAGUCAUGAUGCUCCUAAACCUGGAGAUUUAGUUCAGCAUUAAUGGAGCCUUCACAGAUGUCCCCCAGACCAUCAGGGAUACUGGAUUUGGACUGAGAACAAAGCCGAGUGGACUCUCAGCUUGACGUUGAGUUUUGUCGGCCUGUUUUCAGUGUGUAUGUUGUUUUCUUUAGUGUGUAUUUUUUUGUGUGUAUUUGGUUUUGAGCGUUGACUCUUCUCCCUGACCCUCUGUGCUUAAAUCUGUCACACCUCCUGCUGGCUGGUUCUGCCGUCCGUCUGUGUUGUGUUCUUGAGAGUUAAACUGGACCUGGGUGAGCCUCCUCGGUUACACACUCACGCUCACAGUGACUCACACACACACACACACACACACACACUGACACACACACAGCCGGCUCUGCAGGCUGACACACAGAUGGAGGAAUAAAUCUGCCCAAAUUAGAGGCUUUUGACGAAUUCUCAUUAAAGAAGUGUCCGAAGGACAAAGAUCUGACGUCAGAGACACAUUCAUGAGGAAGAGGAGUGAGGCUGUGAGGAGCUGAAAAUACACCAGAGAGUGUGGAGAGAGGAGCAGGAGGGUCAUUAAAGCUGCAGUGAGUGACUUCUCAUCUGUGGAAGAUACAAAAGAGGAGGAGAGAGGGGAGAUGAGAGGAGGAGAAGAGAGGAGAGGAGCAGGAGGGCUAUUAAAGCUGCAGUGAGUAAGUUUUCAUCUGUGAGAAAUACAAAAGAGGAGGAGAGAGAGGAGCAGGAGAGGAGAGGAGGAGGAGAGAGGAGCAGGAGGGUUAUUAAAGCUGCAGUGAGUAAGUUUUCCUCUGUGGAAGAUACAAAAGAGGAGGAGAGAGGAGCAGGAGAGGAAAGGAGGAGGAGAGAGGAGCAGGAGGGUUAUUAAAGCUGCAGUGAGUAAGUUUUCCUCUGUGGAAGAUACAAAAGAGGAGGAGAGAGGAGCAGGAGAGGAGGAGAAGAGAGGAGAGAGGAGCAGGAGGGCUAUUAAAGCUGCAGUGAGUGACUUCUCAUCUGUGAGAAAUACAAAAGAGGAGGAGAAGAGAGGAGCAGGAGAGGAGAGGAGGAGGAAGAGGAGAGAGGAGCAGGAGGGCUUUUAAAGCUGCAGUGAGUGACUUCUCAUCUGUGGAAGAUACAAAAGAGGAGGAGAAGAGAGGAGCAGGAGAGGAGGAGAAGAGAGAGGAGAGGAGCAGGAGGGUUAUUAAAGCUGCAGUGAGUGACUUCUCCUCUGUGGGAGAUACAAAAGAGGAGGAGAGAGCAGGAGAAGAGGAGAAGAGAGGAGAGAAAGAUGAGAAGGAAUAGAAGAGGAGCAGAAGGGUUAUUAAAGCUGCGGUGAGUGACUUUUCAUCCAGGGAAGAUACAAAAGAGGAGGAGGGAGGAGGAGCAGGGAGAGAAGAGGGAAAGAAGAGAGGAGAGCAGGGAGAUGAGGAUUCAUGAAUCUGCAGAUCCUUCACCGGUAAGUAACUCUUCUUAGUUUAAGGCAGGAAGAGGAGCAGCAGCUGGAGGAGGAGAGGAGGAGGAGCAGAAGAGAGGAGAGGAGGAGCAGAAGGGAGGAGAGGAGUACGAGAAAAGGAGAGCAGGAUGAGAGAGGAGAAGAAGAAGGAGAGAUGAGAGCAGGGAGAGGAGCAAAGGGAGGAGAGGAUAGCAGGGAGAGAAGGAGAGGGGAGCAGGAGGACAAGGAGGAGAGGAGAGAGGAGAGCAGAAGAAGGAAAGAUGAGAAGAGAGAAGCAGGAGGAGGAGGAGGUGCAGACCUCUUUUGCUGCUGAGUCCCAAAGUUAAUAAAGGACCCACCAGGUCUGGCUCAGGGUCGACGUUGAGGUUCUGAUGUCAGCAUGGUCCUUUUUCAAAUCUCUUGGUUUAUGGAAACUUUUGUUUUGAUGACCUGAAACUCAGAUUGUUUCCAAAAGUCAAACAAGGAGAGAAGAAAAUGAAUUUUGAAGUAAACCUCAGAGUUGAAGUUUAGUCACAGAUGUCUCUAAAGGUCGUUAUCACAGAUCCUCAGAAUCAGACAAAGACGAAGAGCCGGCCUGAAAUAUCACCAACACCUCAAGUCAAAUAUGGUCGAGAGCUGCGCCUCUAAAUGGUGUGGAAUCAUGAACUAUGGAUGUUCUGGAUCGACUGAAGGACCACAGGGAGCUUAAAUCUGCAGCAGUGAGGCUUUGACUUCCUGUUUCAUAAACGAGGCUCCUGAGGAGAGAGAGGGAGAGCAGACGGGUGAGAUGAGGUGACUGCUGCACAAACCUUCACAGUUAAGAGGGAGGGAGAGUAGAGUCAGUAAUAAUAAUAACAGUGAUUAGAGGAAAAGGAAAUACUCCAACUCUUUAAAACAAGGACAGUUACAUAACUGCAGCUCCCAUCAAAGAAAGGUGUUUAUUCACAGCUCUCCAAAUGAGCUGCUCAGGUCAAGAUUUCCUCAUCAGAGGUCACGAUCACUUUAGUCAACAGGUUUUUGAACACUGUUGCUUAGCAACUGAACACCUGAAAUAAGGGAAUUCAUUUGAAUACGUUUGAAACGGUGAUUUGAGGUUUUCUGCUUUCUAAUGUCCUGAGAUGAUCCAGAACAAACCCGAUUCUUUAUCGAUUAAAGGUCUGAGAUGAACAUGCUGACAUUCAAACCAGGAGCCGGCUCAUUAAUCAACGUCUAAUUAAACUAAAAUACCUCAGUAUGAACGUCUUCUUGAUUGAACGGUUCGAUGUCUUUUUUCCUGUCCUCACGUUAACUGAUUUUUUUAGACUUUGAGAGUAAAAACAGAAAGAUCCUCUGAACCCGACUAAAAAACUCAGAUGUCUGAAAAACUCUCCGUUUUGUUUGAACUAGGGCUGGGCAUUAUGGGAAAAAGUUUAUCACGAUAAAUAUUUUUUUCAUAUCAGUUUGAACAAAGUGAAGAAUAAUCCAGAGAGGCAGGAAGCGUUUCUGUACCCGGCUGUAAACGGGUUUAUUCCUGCUGUAAAGUUGGUCUCUUUAACAUGGAGCUCUAUGGGGACUUACUCACUGUUUAGGAUGGCCCCUAGUGGACACUAAAGGAACUGCAGUUUUUGGGACUUUUGUAAUGGCUUCAUUUUCUAACAGUGAGAGUUUUGAACCUCACGUGUCCAGUCCGGGUCCAGUCCUUCUGACUGAUGGACCUUCUGAUGGGUCCUGUUUUAUCCUGUAGUUGGUUCUUCCAGACUCUGAUGGAGUCCUCCUUCUCCUCCCUCUCCUCCUCCUCCUCCUGUGUGUGAACAGGUGGAGGUGACUUCACAGACCUGAAUCUGUUGUUUUCUAUUUCUCGGUUCGAUCACGGUUGUGUAAUCACAGGACGAACGAGGACAAACUGAAAUGUUCACUGACCUCGAAGCUGCCACCUGCAGGGAUGGAUUUCUCCGUCUGCUGUUAUAAAGGGAGGAGCCAACAACAGUGACUUUGGAUCAGCUGUUUGAUCCUCCUCAUCUUCAACAUCAUGUCCCUCUGAGAUGAAUCAGUACCUCUGUGUCAGUCAGUCAGUGUAUAUCGAUGAAUCAUGGACUUCAUGAUCGAUGAAUCAGGGCUGGAGCUGAGUGAUCCAUCUGAGAUCUGAACGUUCGGAGUCUUUUUAAAGCUCUGAGUGGGAUUUUUGGAGGAUAUGACGCUGUGUGAUUGAUAUUUGAGGGUCCCUGAUGUCCAGUGUGUCUUCUACCGUCAUUAUUAUCACGUUUAUUUUCUGACUCUGACGGACAGGUUCACUUUUUAAAAUCACAACCUGGUUUAAAUAUGAAAAGAAGUUAGUUCUGGUUCAGGUCUGGACCAGGUCUUGGUUAAGCUGCUACAGGUAUAGACUGCAGGUAGUACUGGAGCCUCUUUCCAUCCAUCUCUCUCCUCUCUAGACAAAGAGAAUCUAGAAUUGACUCUCUCAUAGCUAACUAUCUAGAAGGAUAAUUGUUUGUGUUAUUGUGUAUUUUUACGUCACAUAUAUGCGUGUACCAACAUUACAGAGUAGGACUUUUAAUUAGUGUUUUGCUGAUUUCCAUGACAGCAGAACCUCUUGGACCUGAAGUGAGGGUUAUCAGGACUCAUUGGGUCCAGGGUUUCUCAGAGGGAGGUAAAAACAGGAACAUCUAGACUUGAAGGAUUCUCACUGCUCGGUGAAUCUGUUCGGGUCGAAGGUUUCCUCUAAAGAAGGUGCUACUCUCUGAGGGUUUUUGAUUUUCCAGUCCGUAAAAACAUGCUGGAGUCGAUCAUCCUGCUCAGAGGGAGUGAUGUCAGUGCGUUUGUGUGUCUGUCUCUGAUGAUGGACAUGUCCUCUGGUCUUUUCUCUGCCGUCUGCAGAGUUUGAUUGAUCGGCCUCCGUCCCUGUCCUCUCUCUAACUGGGUUUGGUCUUCUCUGAGGAUCAUCUGUCCCAGAACACGGUGUGUGUGAUCUGUGACUCACUCUGAAGAUGUCUCAGAAACACGUCGUUACUGCCUCUAUAAUCUCCCGUCAUUACAUCGACUGAAGCAGCUCCUGUUGUAAUCACAGGGUUGUUCCUCUGAGACGACCGUUGAUGCCUCUGACUUUUUCAGGUAAAAAAAAAGCGGAUCGGUGCGUCCUUAGUAUGAACCCGUGCAUGUGUUGUGUCGCUGAAAUGCUUGAUCUUAGUUUUACAAUACUUGCUCUCUGUGUGCAUCACGUCCAGCUCAGUGUGUCGGAGGAUUCGGUAAAAAGCGAAAUGACGCCAAACUUUAGCUUUUAGCGAAGACAGGGCUGGUUGGAUCUCCUUUUCCUCCAUCUUUGUAGUUCCCUCUUUGUUUUGGUGCUUUUGGCAAAUGCGUGCGUUCCGGAACCAGCUGCGUGGUGACGUCAGGACGUCCCGGGUGGUUACAAAAUGAAAGUGGAUAUUUUAAAUUUUUUAAAUUGAUUUUUGGACAUUUUUGGAUCUUAAAAUGAUUUUAAUUUUUUUUUCACAUUAAAGAGAAAAUGUUCAGAGGUUUUCAUCUCACUGUGACUGAACUCCAGAACCUGCAGGAUCCAUCUGUUCGACGUCGACAGGAAAACUUUAGGGGGAAGUUUUCGUCUGUUCACAAUCAAACGUCCGGUUCACUCUGCAGAGUUUUGAUCGCGUGUGAAUACAGUUCAUGAUGCUGUGAGGACAGAAGAUCACAUUCACGAAAAUGAACUGCGUCCUCCUUCCUGUCCCCGUGCGUCUGUUUGUAGCGUCGAAGACCGUCUGGUGUCUUUCUGCUCUGGUGUCUCGGUCAAUAAGAGUCUUCCAGGUAACACAGGCAGCCAUGUGUGGGCUCAGAGACUCAAACAUGUGCUCGCUCCUGUUUACCUCGCCGUCAUAAAACCGCGGCUCAGCGGCGCAGCAGGUGGUGGAGCACAGUGAGCCUCCAUGCAUUAUGCAGGACGGUUUCUCCCUCCUGGACUCCUCCAGUACGGCUCUUUAAAAACCAGCUGCACACCUGUAAACCUGCCUGGAUGUGUCCUGCAGUUAUUCCCAGUUUCAUUUUCCACCAAACGCAGCGUCAGAGUUUCUCCACCUGAGGCUGUUUUCCCUCCGCAGGCGUCUGAGUAAUUUAUCCAGAAAACAAUCCCUCACAAAAACACCAGCCUGGUAUUACAAAACCGGUCUGAGUCAGGAGGCGCUGUGAUCUGUUUCAGAGAGGAACUAUGAGAAACUUCAUCAACACCUCCUUCAGGAGUUCACAGUGAAGCAGCUCCACUGACAGGACACUGAGAUGGACGGAGGUAUCGGGUUCGACAUGAAGAACUCAGAGCUGUAUUUACUGCAGAGGCGUGCUCCUCUGAACUGUGAUCCGUAGUCUGUGUGUGAAGACGCACUCGCUCCUCUGAGAGGGUCCAAUCUGCAGCUGUUUCCCCCCUCAGCACCAGCAGGGGGCGAGCUCGUCCUCCUCUCUCCUCCUCUGGACUCUCACCUCCUCAUUUGGAGAUCUUUUGGUCUCUGCUGCAGCUCUGAGACUCUGACGAAGAUCUUCAUUUCUCAUAUUUCAUCGUUUGAGAUGAGCUUCUUCGACGAUCUGAUCAGACUGCAGCCGCCUCUCUGCUCCUUUACUCCUGCAGGAGAUCCAGACUGUGAAGGAACUGAAGGAAGAGGAGUCCUCCGCAUGGCUGUGUGUGUGUGCGUGUGUCUCCUUCACCUCCCUGACUGAUACUGUGAGCUGCUGGUCUGUCCGAGUCCUCAGGUUUAACUUCUCAUGUUCUUCUAGACUCUAGAAUCUAGAGGAACAAUCAUGGACACCUCCUCUUUGAGGGUUUGAAGGACCACCUCCAGGUCCAGGACCAUCAUCCCUGUUGGUAUGGGGAUCAUCAGAGUCCAGAUCUGUCUGUGUUCACUCAUGUAAAGUCUUUGACACCCUUGUUCUCAGACCUCCCUCUGUCUUUUUUAGCAGUAUCGAUCGGCGAACAGCUGAUGAGUUUGUUUGCCGCAGAUGAGGUGAUGCGAGGUGAGCGGCGGGCUGACAGCCGGCGCCUGCUUUCUGUCAUGGCGGCCGUGCGGAAUAGAAAUACAUGUUCCAUACAUGAGUCCAGCACAGGAGGGAUCUGUGCGCGCGUCCUGUUUACUCGCAAGAUUUCUGCGGCGGCCCGUCUUUGCACACAAACGCUCACAAACACCCUCACAGUGGAGUAUUAAGCAGGCGGAGUCCCGCGGGGCUAAUCAUAUCAGAGCAGCAGUCAGCCAGCUCUGUCUGAACAUCCAUUAAGCUGCUGCGCUGCACCCAAUCCUCCAUGAAUCACCCCACCGUGAAAUAUUAGCUCCAUAAAUUCAGACUGCCAUCUUAUUAAGCCUAAUCCCUUAAAAAAACACCUCCACCUCAGCGGAGCCGGGUUUGAAGGACUGCAGACACCCCCCACCUCACCGCUGGAGCAGACUGGAGCAGACUGGAGCUCCUGCACAGACCAGGAGGGUUCUGACCAAAACAGGAGAAUAUCUCUGAGAGCUGAAAAUGUAUCUGAUCAAAGCAGACAAAUCAAUCAGUCCUCAGGAGAGACUGAGCAAAGACAUGGAGCUUCAACAGGGGGCGCUAACGUUCUCACUGUAGAUCCUCAUCAGGUUUCUGCUUUAUUGUUAGAGCGCACAGAUGUUAAACCGAAGAAUUCACAUUCAUGUGACCCCCAAUUUCAACCGCAUCCGGAACGGCUACGAAAAGGCCGCAUCUGUCGAUCGUAGCUGAUCGUAACCAUUCAAGUUAACGUGUCAAUUUACACCGACUUCUUUCCGUUCCUCUGCGGAUCGCCGGACUCCUCAGCUGAUCACAAGAGUUCUAUUUUUUCCAGACGCUGGAGCAUGGCGGAUAAAUUCAGCACAGAUUAACCCGUGCUGGAAAGGAAGUCGGGCACAGACACAAAAUAAAACAUCCGGCUUCUUUUCAAAAUAAAACACUCUGUGUUUCAGGAGGAUCGUAUUUCACACCAUGCAAACGGGCGGAGACGAACAAGUGAAAGGUUUUUAGACGUCACAAUCUACUGCUUAUAUGUCUAUGUGUCUGUCUUUAUAGAGACAACUCAUUAUCGUACGAUUGCACGUGAAAUUCCUCUCACAAAUGGCGGAUCAUAUUUCUCACCAUGCAAAUGUGUGCGGAGACAAACAAGUGAAAGGUUUUUAGACGUCAUUUCACCCCGAUGACACCAUGGAUGAGGAGAUGCUGAUUCUAGAAGUCUAGAAGUAGAUUUCCUCCUCUGGAAGGACACAAUCUACUGCUUAUAUGGUUAGCCUCUGUGGCUAAAGACAACUUGUUAUCGCGCGAUUGCACGUGAAUCCGCGGGUUCUUGUGAGUUCUCACGAUUCCUGCAAUUUGCCUCACAAACAGAUCCUGUAUUAAUUGGCGUAUGGCGAAAAUCCCUGUUCCGGAUGCGGUGGAGUAUUCAUGUUUGGAGAAAGCCUCUAGUGGAGAGUCUGGGAACUGCCGUUUCGCUUUAGUGUCAUAUUUUUAAACAGUCUCGUUUAGACAGCACCUCGAUUAUCUGUUCAUAAUGAGAGAAAACUUUGAUUUUCAACAGUUCUGUCAGGCUGCGAAAUGAAAACAUCCACCGGGGUUUAACUCCUGCUUUUGAUCAUCUGUGAUCAUAGUGAGUGAACUGGUUUUAAUCUGCUUUUACUGCAGAAAAAUGUGAUUAUUGAGGAUCGCUCUGAAAAACAUCGUCUUUAAAACCUAAAAUAUAAACUUAAAAGUGAUCAUAGUGGCUCUGCUGUCAGGAAGGAUUCAGAUUUUGUUGUUUGGUGUAAAGAAACGUUUCCUACUCAGUGCAGUUCCUCUCUUUCUAUCGUAAGUCUAUCUUUAGACCCUCUGAAGAUGUCGGCGUCUCUCUGUUUUCUUCCGGUUUAGCUCCGUUUGUUGUGCAUUAGCUCGGAUGAACCCGAGCGAGCGUGUUUGAUCAGCUGGAUGUCUCUGACUGAACUGACUCACGGUCGUGUUGUUGUUCUGCUCGAUUUUCCUCGUCUUCACGGUGACGAUGUUCAGCCAACACUUUCACAGCGAUCGGUGAUUCAUGAACAAACAUGUUUGUCUUCAGUGGUGCGCUAUUGAACAGGAGGCUAUGAAAAGACAGCAACAUUCAUCAUGGACGACCUUUGACCCCUCUGAUGAGACCGACUCUUAUUCCCUCUGUGGGAACCUUUUCUUUAGUUCGGCAGGAAGGAGAACCGUCCUCGCUCAGACCAAUCACAAACUUUCUUUCUGGAAAUCCUGGACGUCAUGGUUUUACAGAAAAUCGUAAUCAUGAUUUUUAGAGAAAUUAUGAAUAAAAAAUAAUCAAAACUGACUAAUUUGAACAUAUAACAUCCCCCCCCCCCCAUAAUUCUGACGGCUCUACUGACAGCAGACAGCUGGACCCCCCCCCCCCCCACACACACACACACACACACACACACACACACACACUCUUCACCGUCCUAAUUUGAACAGAGCUUUAUUUUGAUAUUAGCCCAGAGGGGGACUGUAGCGGGCCUGUUGGCCUCUGGACCGGGUUAAUUAGCUCAGAAAAGCCACCAUUCAUGGCCGGGCCGAGCGCCUGCAGACGGAGGAGACAGAGCUGAGCCCCCCCCCGGCAGCCGCCGCGGGGUCUGGCACCCCUAAGCGCUGCCUGGCAGGCUCGAACGCGGCGUGAGUGACAGGCAGAGUGGCAUGAGUACGGAGACGGGGAACGCUGAGGAGGUUUUGGAAGAAGUCAGGAGAGACAAGGUGGAUGAAACAGAGGAGGAGAUGAGGUGACUAUUGAGAAAUGAGGCUUUGAUUGGGAUUCAGCAGGAGGAGAAGGUGAGAGGAGAGCAGGGAGUGGAACAGGAGGAGGAGAGAGGGAGAGGAGGAGGAGAGAGGAGACUGAGCUGGAGGAGGAAAAAGAAGAGCAGGGAGAGGAACAGGAGGAGGAGAGAGAAGAGCAGGGAGAGGAACAGAAGAAGGAAAGAGAAGAGGAGCAAGAGGAGGAGAGAGAAGAGACUGAGCUGGAGGAGGAAAAAGAAGAGCAGGGAGAGGAGGAGGAGAGAGGAGAGCAGGGAGAGGAGGAGAAGGAGAAGGACGAGAGACUUAGCUGGAGGAGGAGAAAGAAGAGCAGGGAGAGGAACAGGAGGAGGAGAGAGAAGAGCAGGGAGAGGAACAGAAGAAGGAAAGAGAAGAGGAGCAAGAGGAGGAGAGAGAAGAGACUGAGCUGGAGGAGGAGAAAGAAGAGCAGGGAGAGGAACAGGAGGAGGAGAGAGGAGAGCAGGGAGAGGAACAGGGGGAGAGAGGAGAGCAGGGAGAGGAACAGAAGGAGGAGAGACUUAGCUAGAGGAGGAGCAAGAAGAUACUGAGCUGGAGGCGGAGAGAGGAGAGCAGGGAGAGGAACAGGAGGAGGAGAGAGAAGAGCAGGAAGAGGAGCAGGAGGAGGAGUGAGAAAUAGGAGAGCAGGGAGAGAAGCAUGAGGAAGAGAGGAGAGCAGGGAGAGGAGCAUGAGGAAGAGAGGAGAGCAGGGAGAGGAGCAUGAGGAGGAGAGAGAAGAGUAGGAAGAGGAACAGGAGGAGGAGGAGAGAGAAACAGGAGAGCAGGGAGAGGAGCUGGAGUUAGAUUAGUGUCUGAUAACACUCCUUAUCUCUGCUGACUCCCUCACUGUGAUCAUUCUGUCCCUCUGCUAAGUGACCUCCUCCUUUCCCUGCUCUCUUUUCCCCCUCCUCCUGUUCCUCCUCCUGUUUCUCCUCCUGCUCUUACUCCUCAACCACUGUUCCAGGUUCAGUCGAACAGCAGCUCUGAAUGUAUUUCUCCUCUUGUGUGUCUCCUCCUGAUGAACCCUGAUAUCCUCCGUUUCAUUAAUUCACACUGAGCUUAGCGUUUUGCUCUUACACACAGUUACUGAUAAAGAGUUAAAGGUCAGGCGCGCCCCCGCUCCAGCCAAUCAGCUGACAGCAUUAAUUAAGGCUGGUGUUGGUUUCUCAGCAGAAAGGAUGUCCUCUGACAUUAAAGUACUCUUAAAGAGAGAGGUGGUGCUGAACAUGUCCUGACAUUCAGAGGAGGAGGAGGAGGAGGAGGAGGAGGAGGUCUGAAUCAGAGUCAGGUCAGCAGAGAGGAAAAGGCUGCAGCUCUUUGAUAAUGCAGAUUUAUCAACGAGAGACACUUUAUCACACAAAACCAAACUAUAAAAGCAGAGAAACCUCCGCACAACAGGAGAAAAGACACAAACGCCAAAACCAAAGAUUAUAUUAAUGCAAAAAACACUGACAUGCACACAGACAUGCAUUCAUUUACAGUUUAACACAUGAAAUAAGAAGAUAUCCUCAUGCAUUAUAAAGAUUCGGGCAAAUGAAGAUCCAUGUGUGUGCAAAGAUAUUGAUAUAAAAUAAAGACCAUAAAUAUAACAAAGAGGAUGAAUGCAAAACAGAUCUAUUUACGAGUAAAGCAGACAUCACAUAUACAAUAAACACGUACAUGCAAAAAUAAACCUAUUUAUGGAGGAAAUAACAGAUGAUACACAUGCAGACAGAUGUUCUUCAGUUUUAAACCAGUUUUUAUUCAUGCAAACACAGAUUUUAAACAUCCUGCAGGAAACAAUCACAGCAGUAAUGAUUUCUCGCAGAGUUCAGCGCGUCCUUUCCUCUAAGAGAGGCAGACGAUUAAACUGAAAAGUGUCUGAACCGUUUAAGGUAAACUGAGCGAAUGUGAAAUGAAGGAUUCAUUAAAGAUGAGAACAGCGUCUCAAACUGCAGCAACAAAUAAACACAAACUCUUCAUCUGUGUGAGCGUCAAUAAAAAAACACUUCAAGUGUAAAGAGCAGAAAGAAAUGAAGAAGGAGCUGAAAUGUCUGAGAGACUUUUCUAAGAAAACGAUUAAAAGACUUUAUCGAUUUUUUUCUUCUUAAAAUGUUUUUUUUUUUUUAAUGAAACUGGAGCCACGAUGUUCGAUGAAGUGCUUAAAAUAAAAAAAAACAUGAUUUUCACGAACUCAGAGCUGUAAAUAUCAAGAGUUUUGUUCAGAUGAUGAACGAGAGAAAACUGAACAAAGAGGAGGAUCGUAGUUUUUUCAUUCAUACGUGUGACAUUUCAAACUCUGAGGAAACAUCGGAUGAGUGGAAGGAAGGACACGAAUGAGGAGACGACUAAAGGAGAUGACAAUUAAAACAUGACGACUGUUUAGAAGAAAUGUACCGUCGUUCUACAAGUCCAGGACAAAGACGAGGAGUAUCAGUGAUGACUGUGAAAGUCUGAAGGAAGUUUACUCUGAAGACGACAUGGUGGGAAACAGACAGAAGAACAGACAGGAGCUGCUCUGGUUCAUGGUGAUCGUCAAACAGCCGACAUUAGCUGGUGUUAACGGGCUUCUGAUUGGUUAUAUGUGCAGUUGUUCUGUAGAUAAAAAGAUCAUCUUCGGUAAAUCGAUGGGAAUUCAAAAUGAUCAUAUCAGUCUAGAUGUGAGUUUUAUUUUUCUCUAAUAGUACGAGUAAAAGAUAAAGACGGUCUAACGAACAAGGUCUGAUUAUUUAACUGUCACCUAAACGCCACACGCAGAAACGUACUACUCAGCUGUGAACCAGAGUGUUGUCUCUGUGUGAGUAUUUACAGUAAAACUGAGACUCAGCAGGAACAGAUAAAACAGUCAGCCUGAGUAAAGCUUCUGUAUAACGGUCUAUUUACAGUAAAACUGAGACUCUGCAGGAAACAGAUGAGCGAUUUAGCAUUAGAGCAUCUGUGUGUGAUUGUCCUUUACUUUUGAAACUGAGACUGAUGAGAAACGGAUGAAGAGGUUAGAUUUAGGUUUUCUUGAACCUGUUGGUGACAGUGAAACUGGGACUGACAUUAAAACAGUGAAUGUCUCUGUUUAUUUUUCUAAUCCCUCAGUCUGAUUAUUAUUGCACACAGAGAUGAAGCUCUGUCUCUGCAGACUCAGAUCUCUCAUAAAAUCACAGCAGAUGUGAAGAAGUCUGAUAAAGUCCAGUUUAGUCUGGGAUUUCCUUACAGGCCACCGUACCCAGGAUUAAGGCCCCUCUGUUGGUCCACCUUCAGACUAAUGAAGGUUCUAAGAAUAGAAAACUGGAUCAGGUCUGAUUUGUGCUUCGUGAUGAGCCGCUGUUACGACCUCACACCUUCGUCCUGUGAAGCUUCUGCAGAGACUCAGUGACUCUCCAAUCAGCUGCUUUCCUCUCUGACAUGAAGCUCCGAGUUAACGAGUCUCCUCCAUGUUGAAGAAUCUGAGAUGAGGAACCUGUUAGACCCGUUUCAACUCAGUCACGACGCCGAGGCUUCCUGUUAACGAUGCUCUCUGAACUACUGUGUGUGUGUUCAGCUCUGUCAGCCCGCUGUGUGGUUCUGAGCAUGUGCAGCUGCGUGCUGACACGCUGAACAUUGACAGAUUUCUCCCUGCGGGUUUAGAGCGAUAAUCUCAUUUCAGGGCUGACAGGGGGCAAACCAGCCGCCUCCAGCAGGAAAUCACAACAACAACAAAAACGCGUUUUUUUAACCAUCGACAAAACCGCAGAGGAGACGAGAACAGAGAGAGGAAAUAAUGAAACUAUCAGGAGAGACACACGGUCAGCGGCCAUUCCUGAACCAUGACUUCUCUGGACCUGAGCUCAUUAGAGGUGGUGUAGUCAGGAUCUGAGGAAGUUCCAGUUUUUAGGAGAAAUCUUGAAUGUAAACUCUACCCCUCCAAACCAGAUUUCCCCUCAGCUCCUCCUCUCAAGCCCCGCCCACAAACAGACGCUCCUGCUCGCUCGUAUCGUUCCAGUUAAAUUCAGAUAUAAUGCAGAUAAAUACUUCAGAUCAUUACAAAUGGGGCCCAGUCAAGGUGAAAGUAAAAAGCAUUGGUGCUACUGUAGAUGCCAACAGACUACCAGCAAACACAAUGUUUGCAGGACUUCUACAACGAGGAUAAAGUGACAUAGUCCAGGACCCGAGGGAGGACAGUUUAGCGAUGGCGCUACAACACGAUGAUAUUAAAAAGCUUUUUUGUAAAUACACCACAGAAAAAGAUGCUUCUUUAACGGAUUUCUGCCUACACCACCUUUAAGGUGGACUAAGAGGAAGAGGGAAACCUGGUCCUGUGGUCUGAAGAAUCAAAAUCUGACUUUCUUUCUGGAAAUCGUUGACGCUGCAUCCUGUCCUGUUUUUAAGUUGAACUAUAAGAUGUGUUUAAAACUGUCUCGUACAAAGAGCUCCUGUGCGCUCGUAUCUUAACUUUCCUCUUCAAUCCUUCAUAGUAAAAGUCGAAACAGACGUUCAGGGACAGAAGACGUAUCUACGGUUUUGUUUGCAGUGCAGAAAACUUUAAACAACAAACUUUUCGAAACUGUUUUAUUCCCUGAAACCAAACUGAACCUCAGCGGUGAAAACUUCAUUCUGCUGAAACGCUCAUUAAAACUCUUAACAGAGUCUCUUUGUUUUGAGUUUGAAGGACGUUCAUCUGUUUUUGUUUCACUUUUCACUCCGAACUUCAGUCGGUGUAAGGUCGAAAAGCUUGGAGAAAAAAAACUCCGAAUCAGUGCGACACAAAAACACAGAUGUCUUCAGUUGGAGGGCGGGUUCAGUCGACUCCUUAAAGUUUAUGUUUAAGAUCUAAAAGCGGUACGAAGGUUUGGAAAAGUUAACAGUGAAGCUGCAGAAGAUCAAAACGUUCUGACUCGGAAUAAUGAGGCUGAAGAACGAUGGCGGAUCCCCGCAGGUCAGUGUGUCGGCGACAGGUGACCCUGAGGAGAGGAGGUGGAGGAAAGGGCCAAAGUGAGCGUUCAUCUGCAGAGAGCAAUUUACCAGCACAGUGUUGACUUUGGUCGUCGUGGCAACAGAACAAUUUCCCCUCCAGGCGGUCCAAACUCUGCAAUUUCUUCACGGGGUCAAACUUAACAGGCUUCUUGAUAGAUUUAUUACACUCAACAUAAACUGUCUUUUCUUUUCAGAGGGAAUAACUGCACCGGGUUUCAGAAAUAACUCUGAAAACAAAGAAAGUGAACAUGCGUGCUCUUCAAACUUUAACGCACAGACCACUGCAGAGAGAGGGAGAUGAUGAACAGUCUCAUUUUGGCGUUGCGUUGGAUAAAUAAGCAAAUAAAAAAACCUUUGUGUGUCAGCGGUGAAAUGAUGAAGUCUGCGGCUGCAUCCCUGAUUCCUUAUUAGCUCUUUUCCUGCUUCUACAGCUUCUAUACAUCCUGUUUGUGUGUUUUAGCGUGACGUUAAUUUGUUUUUACCUCGGCACAGGAGAAGAGCAACACUGAGUUAUCGCUCUUCAUGAUCCUGCAUGGAAAUUGAUCAUUGUGUCUCUUCUCUCCCUCAGAGUCUGGGAGCCACCGGACGAUUGGACAACAGGAAAAAGUAAGUCCAGUCUUGUCCCUGAUAUCUGCUCAAGGUCCGAUCUAAAAAUCAUUUCAGUGAUAUUAAAGUCCAAACGUGCUGAGGGUUUGCAGCUCUCUGCAGUUUGCUCUUGAGUCUGAUUGUGUAGGGCUGCACGAUUAAUCGAUUCUGAAUCCUAUUUAGAAUAUUUGAUUAUGAGGAUGUUAAAAAAAUUUAAAUCAUCAAAUCGAUUUUCCUCUCUAUCAUGUCUCGCUCCUCCAGCAACAACAGAAAGAAAGAAAGAAUAUGAGCGCUUUCUGAUUUUGAUUUCUGUGCUGUGAGGGCGGUCACUUCUUCUACGUACUUCAUCUGGUAAAGCUGACGCAUUUCCCCGCUGAUUACACUGGCAGUAUGUUGUUGGUUUCUCCAGGCCACCGUAGGCUCCCCAGUUCCCACACACACCAGUGUAAACAAACAUGGCGUUUGCUAAAGAAGGCGAUAACUUCGUGGUUAAAAAGGACAAGAGCGAGUCAGUCGUGUUGAAUUGGUACGACUUCACAGUUUCGAUGAAGAGCAAACCACUCCCCGCUGCGAAGUCUGUCUGAAGGCGGUAUCAACCCGUCACCACGGAAACGAAUUCAGGAGGAAACGCUAAAGUUUUUUGUGGUAUCAGCGUUUCAGGUGACUGUAGACGGUACUUUUUGAAAACAGGUCAGAGAGUGAAUAAAUCUGUAAACGACGACCAUUUCAUCUCUGUGUGGAUGUCUAUCUGCAUCUCUGGAAACGAUCAUGUGACACACAGAGUAACUCUUUUAUGGCGCCAAAACAACCUUUAAAAACAUGCUCUGUACUCUUCUUCUUGGCAUACGCACUACAUCAUUUUAAGUGGUUUUGUUUUGAGAGAUGAUAGACAAACUUAUUUUUGAAGUGAAGUUUGGUGAAGUCGUCACUGACUAAAAAGAAACUCCGAUCAUUGCACCUUAUAAAAAAAAAUCCCCUGAUCAAAAAUCGCCUCGGCGCUCCGGGCCCGUCUGUUAAAAACAGCCUCAGAAACCUCAGGGUCGUUUCUGAUCAUGCCAUGUCUUUAGAGGGUCAUUCCCCACAGCUGACCAAAAAUAGUUUUUUAUCACCUGAGAAAUAUCUCAAAAGUGAGGAGAAUGUUGUCGAAACCAGAUCUUGAAUUGAUCAUUUAUGCAUUGAUCCCAUCCUGUAUUGAUUACUGUAAUUCUCUGUUCAUUUGUUUUAAUAUGGCGGCAAUAAAGAGACUUGAGUUUGUCCAAAACUGAGAGAGGUCAGGAUCUCCUUGGAUCUCCAGUUCUUCGUUCAAAGGACAACUAGACUUACUUGAGACGUUUCUCCUCUCAGGCGAAACGUCUCAAGUAAGUCUAGUUGUCCUUUCCAUACGAGAAUUUCCACUUGAUUCGUUAUUCUUCAUCUGAAGAUCUCAGAUGUUUCCUGUGUGUAGGGUUCAGUUUGUUCUGAAUGAAUGAACGCCUCUUUCUUUAUAUCUCAUAAACGCAUUAGUGAGGUCAGCUGUGCGGCGUCCCUGUAAGACGCUCACUGAAGAGUUCUCGCUCUUGGUCAGGAGGUCGUGGGUUUCUCUUCAGCGCUAAUGGAGAGGAAGAGCGCUCUGAUUUAAAAGAGAUGAAGAUGUCUUUCUCUCUUUUUUCUCUCCAUUCAUUCAAAUUCUAUUUUAGCCUCAAGCGGUGUUGACUUUGUUCAUUUACAUGACGCAGAAUCCUCCGUCAGCCAACGCUCUCAGGCUCGGUCCUUGAACGUCCCGAUGAAUGAAAACAAAAGUGAAAAAAAAACAGACACUAAAAUAACCGCCGCAGUCUCUGUUAGCGGGAAACAACCUCAGCUGGAGGAGAGCAAGAAGAACGACAGUGAAGGUCUGAGAGUCCGAUCAGCUGUGACACUCUGAUCUGAUCUGAGCGUGCUCAGUUUGGUCUCUUCAGUUCACCCUGAUGAGCUCCACAGAAGCUGAGGACUGAGUUUUAUUCUGCUCCGUGGAACGCACCGGAACAGUAGAUCACACACCCACGGUUUACGUGUGUGUGAGUGUGUGUGUGUGUGUGUGUGUGUGUGUGUGUGUGUGUGUGUGUGUGUGUGUGUGUGUGUGUAUGUGUAUGUGUGUGUGUGUGUGUGUGUGUGUGUGUGUGUGUGUUUUAAAUGAGUGCGAGAGGCUUUGAGCUCCACAGAAGCAAAGAUGACGUUAAAUUAAUCGUUCAGGCGAGACAGACAGGUGUGGGAGGAUUAAAGAGAGAAAAGAGAUUCAUUAAUUGGAGUGUGUGUGUGUGUGUGUGUGUGUUUGUGUGUGUGUGUGUGUGUGUGUGUGUGUGUGUGUGUGUGUGUGGAUCAAUACCUGCCCCCGUCGGCUCUUGGUUUCAGAAACACGCCCUCAGUCUUUGCGGAUCGAUAUUUUAUUCUCCGUCAGCUGAUGUUUGAUGAUGGUUUUACUAAAAAAAGCAAAUUAAAGGAACAGUCCAACAUUUCUGGGACAUUCAGAGUCUCACCUGAACUCAGGAAAGAAGAAGAACCAGACUCUUGCCUCUCCAUGGGCCGAGGUCCGUUUAGCUUCUCACUUGGAAAUCCUGGUCCAAGAGUCUGGAGGAAGAUCAGAGAAGCCCAGAAUCCAAGGAGUCUGAAGUCCAACAGGAAGUUGUCAUGUCUUCUGCUGCUGAUGUUGGUCUACUGGGUUUGAUCAAGUGGAGAGUCAACACAUCCUGAAGUCCACCAGGAGGUUUUCGAGACCUUCACGGUUCAUCGUAUUAGGGCCCGCUUGAGACUAAUCAGUAAUCGGCUAAAACUCGACGGUUUUCGACGAUAUUUUCAGAAAUAAAAUGCAAAGAAAAAGAUUCGGUUUCACUUCAAAAAUGUUCAGCCAUUUGAAAAGUUCUCCGAUAAUAAUAAUCAGUAUCGGCAUCGGCCCCAAAAAUUCCAUAUCCGUCGGGCCCUCAUCUGUAUGGAGAUAUAGAUUUUCUUUUCCAGCAGGACCUGGACCUUCCCCACAGCGCCUGAGCAAAAAAAAAACAAGAAUGGUUAAAAACGGUCAUCUUUGAGAGCUGUGGACAUCCUGUAAACCAGAAAAAUGAUCAUUAUUACGGUUGCAAAGGGGCGGAAACUUUCCGGUAAAUUUUCCAGAAACUUCCCAUGGGAAUUAACUGUAAAUUUGGGUUAAUUUAAACAAACUGUAUCAUAUCCAAACAUAAAUGUAGACAUCCAUGAAAAAUACACAAAAAAGCUUUUAAGAACACUAAUGCAGUGGCAUGAACAGAAAUACAGUCGGAUAAACAGCUGGAAUCGUCUUUUAAAAUAUUUGACAAUUGAUGAAUAAAUUAUUGUUUGGUUACAGAAAACCCUCAGUCAGGAGUCAGAAGAAACGCCUAUAGCACCUAUUUUUAUUUAAUUUCCACAAGUUAAAUAUUAAAAAUUUAUAGAUCAAAUAUAUUUACUCCACAAUAUUAUCCAAACUUCACUUCUAUAGUCGUCGGGCUCCAAAGUGCGGCUUCCAGGGUUCAAGAAAUCAUCUGUACAUGUGAUGAAGGAGUAUCACAUGUAUACUUGCAUUAAAUCUGGUUGUUUUAGUCAAGAUUAUGCUACAAGAUAUUUUCACCAACUAUAUUUAUAUUCCCUGUUGAGGACCAACCUUCAUUUUUGUACAUUUCAGAUUUAUUCCUGUUAAUUCCCACGGAAGGUUUUCAACUCUAAAAAUUCCUGGAAUUUUGCAACCCUAAUAAUUAUUAAAGGAAAGUGUAACACACACACACACACACACACACACACACACACACACACACACACACACACACACACACUUCUCUGUACUCUCUGAGAUUAAUUGAAGUGCAGUUUUUUUGAGAUGGUGGUUCCACUUUGAAGAUAGAAAAUAGCUCACACACUCACACACACACACUUACACACACACACACACUCAGGGGCCCAAGGUAGCCAUAAAGCAUAAUGGCCUCUGGCUGAGUGUUGCCAUGGCGAUGUAAAGGAGGAGAGAGUGGCGUGUUCAGACGGCGGAUGAUGGAAAAGAAACUGAGGCUUUUUGUUUCCUCUGAGGACGUUUCAGACGACGUGGUCAGAGUUUCUUUUCUGCUCGGGUUCGAGUCCUUUCAGGUGAAUCUGGGUUUUUCUUUUUCUUCUUCUUCUUCUGUGGUGGAAAUGUGAACUGAUGUUUGGAGGAAUCACAGGGUAAAGAGGGUGUGCAUGAGAAUGAAACCUGAGUCCAUUCAAGCCCUGCAACACCAUCCUGAGUUCACCUCCUUCACCGCUCCUCUUUGUUCAGGAUGCAUCUUCAGCUUCUUUUACAAAGUUCAUCUGAAGUCAGUGAGUCUCUGAGAAAGACGUGACGGACUUUGACUUUAACUCUCACCUGGUUUGAAAGGAUUCGGUCCACUCUGGGAAACAUCAGCCUGUUAGUAUGAAAACCAGCACCCCUGAGAGCUCCUGAAGUCACGCUGCCGUUUCUACAGAGGAUGAAAAACCUGAACUGAACAAAUUAAAUUCAGAUUUUUCUGAGACAUCAGGCACAACAGAGCCUGAAAUCAGCUUUUCUACUGAGUAGGACCAGAGCUCCCAGCUUCAGAAACUUUAAAGGGAUAUUCUGUAUAAUUAAUUUAGGGUCAAACCCACCGUAACACCAAGUUAGACCCCCCCUCCAGAGAUGAAUGUUACCGACCGCUUGCUUCUCUAGUUAUACCAACUUUAGUAACGACCGCAGGAUAGAAAUACAGAGAGCCACGUGCUCAACCAAAACGCCACUCUAUAGCCACAAAUAAUGCUCAGAACAGCACCUAACUUCAUCAACAGGACAUAUAGGGUCACAGACAUAGUACUAGACACCAAACAUCUUUUUAACUUUGACUCAUUUCUUUAGCAAAGAGACUAAACACAACUCACCUACUCUCUUCCAGGAGACGCUUGUUUGUAGUGAGACCUCAGGCCAGUCCACUACAGACUACAGCGGGGUGACGCAGCUCAAGGAAGAACAUUUAUGAUCAUUUCUUCAUGGAAAUACAAUCAGACCGAGACGCUAAGACAGAAGAACUACCGCGUCUGUAAAAUGAUUAAUAUGGUGAUUAUUACUUCUAGGAAAUGAUAAAGAAAUGAUCAUGCGAUGGUGGGAUUUAUUGGCUGACAGUCUGUGUCUCGAUCCUGAGUCCAUCUCUGUGUGUUUCUUUGUAAGAGUAAACUUUAAACCCAGGUGAUCGAUAAGUCAGAGAAAAUAAUUUUAUUGUUUUUUGUUUGUUUGUUUGUUCGUCUCCCUCUGGGCUGCUGUAACAGCUGUUUAGACUGAGCUGGUCCAAAUGAAGGUUAAGACAGCAGGAACUGGAACUAGCUGUACAACACAAACACACUCACACUCUUCAACACACACACACGCACACACACACGCACACACACACUCAGCAGCAGUCGUGACUGAAAGUUUUCUGACUCAUCGGCUCAUGAGACGAAUUGUUCCCUUCCCUACUUUCAAUUCUCCUCUCCCUCCCUCUCUCUCUCUCUCUCUCCCUCUCUCUCCCACUCUUUCUCUCUCUGAUUUCCCCUCUCGCCCCCCUCUCUCCCUCUUGUCUCCUUGCUCUCAGACAGGAUGUGUGGCAGCGUUACUUAACUGAUUUUGUAACAAAAAAACCAACAACUUUUUAACAAAUGUUAAAACCGAGUGAUCGUAAAUACACAUGUAUAAAUGUUCAAAUCAAAGUAGUUUAACAAAUGUGUAAAAAUCUGUUUGUUUGUGAACAGAUUUACACUAAACUAGAUCUAAAAUAUGUGUGACUGUGUCCUCAGACGUGCACAUAGAUGUGUGUGAGUGGCUGUAAAGAUUUUUAGACGUGUCCUAAACUCUUCUCGUUAGUGUAAUAAAAGCUCCGGAUCGUCUCUCCCCCGUGUAAACUUUUAUCUCUCUCUCUCUGUUUUACUUGUUCGCCUCCUCCUCACUUUGAUGUUUGAGUCUCUGUCUUUGCUGCCGGCGGAUUUGAAACCAGCAGAGAGAUCUUAUAACUCUGCUUUAUUUGCAGUGUGAAAGGCCGCACUUUAUAGAAGCUCUGUGCUUUUUAUUUGCCGCUGCGGGCUUUUUAUCCAGACUGGAACAGGUCUGCGUUUAUAAAGGUGUAAGGGUCUGCAGUGAUGUGGGCGGGAUGCUUCAGGUAGCAGAGAGACGAUGAAAUAUCCCAGCAGAGGAACAGAUCAGAGGCUAUCAUCUCUAUUCACUGGAGCUAAUGAAGACAAAGAGGAGCUCAGGACUGUUUCUCCCUGCCAAUAAAACCGAAUUUCACAAAGAGUCCGGACACGCUGGAAAAAGUUUGAUGGUGUGCAAAGAAACAGAUCAAAUAUAAAACAUUUAAACUAAUAAGUGUUAUUUUUUUAAUCAAAACUGUAUAUUUGUCAACAACCCGAGGCCAGGAGCAAACAUGUUUAGUUUGUUACGUAACCUCGUCUCUAGAAGUUUCUGCUCAACUGGUCCAGUUUCUCAGUUGGACUCUUCUCCUACAGAGCCAUGCUGUUGUCAGACUGUCGUUUUGGAUCAUAUGAAGAUCUACCCUGAAAGAGUCUUUGUCUGGAUGGAGGCAGAUGUUGUUCCUCAACCUGGAGAUAUAGAUCAGAAUUAAUGAAGCCUUCACAGAUGUGGAAGAUACUCAUGACAUGGACUCUGAUGAUCCCUAUACCACCAGGGAUGCUGAGAACAAGCUGGUUUGACCCUCUACUCUUUAAAACUGAGGACACAGCAUCUAUGAUCUCCACUUCCUCGUUGAAAGGACAUUUCGCCAUCCUUUCCAUGCGGUGAUUUCCACUCCAGAGUCCUGUCUGUUUCGCUGAAAUAUGAAGGUCUUCACUGAAAACGUCUUUGUCUGGAUGGACGCAGAUGUUGCUCCUAAACUUGAAGAUAUUGUUUAAAACUGAGGACAAAGCAUCUAUAAUUUCCAGUUCUUCGUUGAAAGGACAACUGGACUUACUUGGGACGUUUCGCCUAGAAGAGUGUUGGAUUUUUGAUUCAUCAGACCUCAGGACAGUUCACGGACAAGAGAUAUUAAGCCAAUGCGGUGACUCCAACUACAGAGUCCUGAUGCUCCUGGACCUAUAGAUAUCGUUCAGCAUUAAAAAAGCCUUCACAGAUGAGGAAAAUACUCAUGACAUGGACUCUGAUGACCCCCAGACCGUCAGGGACACUUGAUUUGGACUGGAAAAUGAGAACAAGCCUGGUGGACCCUCUACUCUAAAAAACAGAGGAUGCAGCAUCUAUGAUUUCCAGUUCUUCAUUGAAAGGACAACUGGACUUACUUGAGGCGAAACAUCUCAAGUAAGUCCAGUUGUCCUUUCCAUGCGGUGAUUUCCAGUCCUGUCUGUUUGCUGAAAUAUGAAGGUCUUCCCUGAAACAGUCUUUGUCUAGAUUGUAGUAGAUGUUGCCCCUAAACCUGGAGAUAUAGAUCAGCAUUAAUGAAGCCUUCACAGAUGUGCAAGAUAUCCAGGACAUGGACUCUGAUGAUCCCUAUACCAUCAGGGAUGCUGGUUUUGGACUGGGAGAUGAGAACAAUCCCGGUGGACCUUCUGCUCUUUAAAACUGAGGACAAAGCAUCUAUGAUCUCCAAUUCUUUGUUGAAAGGACAACUGGACUUACAUGAGUCAAGUAAGUCAACGUCUCAAGUAAGUCCAGUUGUCCUUUCCUAAAGAGUGUUGGAUUUUGAUUCAUCAGACCUCAGGACAGUUAGUGAUAUUACACCCAUGCAGUGACUCCAACUACAGAGUCCUGAUGUUCCUCAACCUGGAGAUAUAGUCCAGCAUUCAUGGAGCCUUCACAGAUGUAGAAGACUCCCCCUGACUCUUAAAGUUACUCUAAAUGAAAAUGGACAAAAACAGCUUUUGUGCGCCGACAGGUUGAACCUUCUUUCUUGACUAAAUUCAGACUUUAUUUCUGUUCUUUGUUCAUGAACACAAAGAGGUAUUCACAGUUUGCCGAGCAGGAGUCUGUCUCCUCAUUUUGAAUUAGAAAUACAUUAAAUUUGAUUGUUCCAGUGUCGGUUUUGAGCCGUGGGCGGAAAUCCACCAUCUCCUAUAACACAUUCAGGUAUAACUUUCCUUUUAGGAACUCUUAGGAGGAUGUUUUUUACCCUGAACUCAACGAUGAGGUAUCUGACUCACAGGUUUGUAGAGAUACAUUAACAGAGAGAUACUUUACUGUGUUACACUCAUUUACCCAGAAGAUGGCGCCUGUGAGAAGACAAUCUGCAAGUAUUUUAGAUACACGGUAAGGUGGACCGGUGCCGUGGAGCCACAUUAAGAGGCUUUUGUAACACACAUCUUAAACGGUUCGAGGAGGGCGGUCCUGUAGGCCUGAACUUUAUUAGAACGUUUUCACUGCUGUCCGUUAGCGUCGCUGUGAGAUGACUCAGCUGACUGAUGUUCUCAGUCUGCACGUGUAACGAGAUGCUGUUUGUGUUUAUCUGGUGGCGUGUUUUUGCCGUGCAUUCUGGGAAAACUGUCCAUAACAAACGGCAUCAUCGGACUCUGCCAACCUGAGCUCCUGCUCUCAUUAGUCAUCGUUAAUGUUCCAAUUAACCCAUGAGUCAUGUUGCUGGCGGCCAUGUUGGAGUUAAGAGUGCUGACUCAUGCAGUCAGGGUCACUUUGUGGAUUAAUCACCCUCUGAUGGACUCAUUAACACAGACCUGGACCUGGACCUGGACCCGGACCCGCCUCCUCUGAGCCGAUCUCUACAUCUGUCGAUGUUUUUAAUGAUGAACUGAGAUCUUCUUAUUAGUCUCCUUUGACCAUCUCUGCUAUCAGGGACUCUGGCGGUCUGGGACUCUGGCGGUCUGCUGUUUGUGGGUUCGGACUCUCUGGGGUUUUCUGUGAACCCUCUAAAGUCCAGAGUCUGUGAGGCUCUGAAGCUGUUUUCUCGAUGAUCUGAACGGAGCGUCCAUGUUGCUGCAGUUUGAGUCUGUCUUCACAUGACUCUCUCAGGGAGGCCGAGUGCUGCACGUCUGUGAUGGAUGCGAGUCAUUUCCUCACUGUCGCACACAUACACACACACAAACACACGCACACACACAAACCCCGACCUGCGGGUGAAAUAAAACUCCCACACAUUGAAAACCUCUGUGUGAUUCACACACACUGUAUGGAUCAUUAGUCGGCGCUGCCGCUCAAAUAUGAAUCGUGACUUUAACGUGGAACAUAACGAGUUCUUACGAGACAAUAAUCCUGAAAAUAUCACGUUGACACGGCGUCUCUAUGCGAGACACAAAUAUCAGGGUUAGCUCUGCUGCGUCUCUGAACUCAACCACCUGCUCAGGACAACCAAUGACUAUAUUUCAUAAAUCAAUACCGGCGUCUCAGCCUGUUUCUGAGUGUCUGUGCACUCAGACACCUUCGUAAGUGACUUUAACAGCCAGAAUAAACAGGAGCAGACACGAGGGAGAGACAAAAAAGACAACUUACCCUCCAAAUAAAAUCUCAUGAUCAGACGAACCAAAGAAAUAAAGAAGUUUAAAUGAAAAAAAAACUCAAAUGGGAACAAACCUUUGAGAAAAAACAUAUUAAACCAGAGUGAAGGGAGACUAAAAACAGGGAAACUGAGACUCUCCACAGAUUGAGGAACAAGGAACCAAAGUUAAGUCUCUGGGAAACUAUUUACAGAGAAACUGAGCCUCUCCACAGACAGACAGAUGCAAAGGAAACCAGAGUGAAGAAACUUAGAGACUACUUACAGAGAAACGAAAGACAGAUGAACAGGAAACCAAAGUAAAGAAGCUAAGACACUAUUUACAGAGAAGCUGAGACUCUCCACAGUCAACAGCAAACCAGAGUGAGGAUCUGAGAGACUUUUACAGAGAAACUGAGACUCUACAGUAAGGAUGCAAAGGAAACCAGAGUAAAAGAGACAAUUUACAGAGAAACUGAGACUCUCCACAGACUGAUUAACAGGAAACCAGAGUAAAGAAACGGGUAACCUACUUACAGAGAAACUGAGACUCUUUACAGACAAUAGAAAACCAGAUUUAGGAGGGACUAUUUACAGAGAAACUGAGACUCUCCUCAGACAGGUUUUACCCUCCUGUCUCUCUCGGCCGUUGUUCUUUAAUAACUGAACUCUGUCCGUAUCUAAUCGGUGUUUUUGUGAUUGUUGUGGAUAUUCAGUUACAGGUUACAUGACUGACGUGUCGGACGUGUCGGACUCCUGACUCCGGUGUUGUUUACCUCUUACAGCUGCAGCUGCCUGCAUGUGUUUACCAAGGACUUCAGCAUCAGACUAUGUGACUCACUGUUUAUUGUUCAGGGAUGUCAACACUACAUGUAUCUCUGACCUCUGACCUCACGUGGACUGUAGAUGUCGUGAGCGAACAGAACGUGUCGGCCUUGACUCGCUGCUCAGAGGUCUUCAUGGAUUUAUGAAGUUGGAGAUUUUCCCUGUAAAAGUAUGUGAGGAUGAUCACACUCCUGUUCUGCAUGCAGGUUCACCUUAGUUACCUAACGCUCAGCUGUUCAGAGUCUCUUAGAGCUGAUUGGGUAACAUUUUCCUGCAGCUCUCUGAAACCACAGAAAUGGAGUAUUUCAUAGAUUUGUCCCUGACCUUGAGCUCCUCCCUUUUUGAAGACUUGUGUUCGAGUGCCCGAGUGUUUCUGCCACCGCUGCUGUCGUGACUGCUCUGAAUGCGCUCUGAUGUUCGGGUACAAAGACCUGUAAAACCUCUGAAUAUCUCCAUAAUGAGAGGUGCAUGAGACGGGCCUCACGGUGUUUACACACAAACAUGAUCUCGCCGCGCUCCACCGUCACUGAGACGUUUUUGUGUUCUUUGUUGCUGUGAAGAAAAUCAGCGCGGUGAAAAAAAUGAAACCAGCCGCUCGGAUAUUUAAAUGAGGAGGCAGGAAAAAGGCUGCACCGAGGAACUGAGAGCGCAGGAUCCAUCCAUUGUGUCCGUCUCUCCCCCGGUCCCCACCCCCAGCCCCCCGUCUUCACCUGUUGCUCUUCUAUGGGAACCAUGGAAACAAGGUUCCUGAGGCAGCUCUGAGCCAAUGAGACGCAGCCGCCGCCGCCGCUGGCUCUGCAGAGGAUGCUGGGAUGUUGGCACAUUAAUUGUUUGGAGUUGUUUUUGAUGUGAAAACGGAGCCGUUUGUCGGUGCUCUGUCACUCUGAGCCUCGUUCCCCUCGGGUGCAGCUGUAACUGAAAACACUCAGAAAUUCAUCUGCAGAAAUUCUUUGUUUGAGUGUCACCUCAGCAGGCGGCGGAAUUACAGUUCAAUAAAGUCAUUUUCCUUUUUACCAUCUCUCCUCCUCACAGUAGAGACAGGCGCUGAGCUUCUCAAACACACUUUCAUGGACUUUUCACCCCUAAUGUCGUUAUGGGGGCUGAGGAUGCAGCAUCUAUGAUUUCCAACUCUUCCAUGUGGUGAUUUCCACUCCAGAGUCCUGUCUGUUUUUAAUGCCCUGAAGAUCAGAACCAUCCAGUCCUGUUUUGGUCCUUGUCCCCUUUUAGUUCAGAGAUUUCUGCAGAUCCUCUGAAUCUUUGAAUGAUAUGAUGUACUGUAGAUGAUGAAAUCCACUUAAACUGUUGAAUUGUUAGCUCACGUAGUCUCUCACCCGGCCGUACGCCAAUUCCUACUGGAUCCAUUUGUGAGAGGAAUUUCACGUGCAAUCGUACGAUAAUGAGUUGUCUCUAUAAAGACAGACACAUAGACAUAUAAGCAGUAGAUUGUGACGUCUAAAAACCUUUCACUUGUUCGUCUCCGCCCGUUUGCAUGGUGUGAAAUACGAUCCUCCUGAAACACGGAGUGUUUUAUUUUGAAAAGAAGCCGGAUGUUUUAUUUUGUGUCUGUGCCCGACUUCCUUUCCAGCACGGGUUAAUCUGUGCUGAAUUUAUCCGCCAUGCUGCAGCGUCCGGAAAAAACAGAACUCUUGCAUCAUUCCGAGCUCCGACAUCCGACUUCCGAGGUAACUGGAACGCAGCAUCAGCCUCUCUGAAUGUCCGUCUAAGACCUGCCUCCUUCGCCUCUGGUUGGCCAGAAAAGCUGGAAACGUCAUCACACGCUUAAGCCAAACGCGAGCUGUCGGCUCUGUACAUCAAACAGAACAUCAUCACACUAUUGCAUCUCCUAACCUUAACCCGACAGAUGAUGAGAUUUCACAGCCAUUAGGAACAACCAAUCAGAGCCCAGCACUUCUAGUCAAUCAGAGGCGAAGGAGGGCGGGACCUUCCCCUACCAAAAAAAAAAUUGUGACCCGGUCAUGUGACUAACCUGUUGGACAUUCACCUCAUGAGUUGCAGAUGUUCCUCCAGAUGUUUUUUUAGCAUUAUAACUUUUUACCUUCUUGUCAGAUUUCAGUGUCAUCUUUACGUUCAGAAAAAAGAUCAUUUAAAUCAAAACUCCCUCCUGCCUGUGGAUCCAUCCGCUGCUGAAAAUAGUCCCUCUAAAUACUCCUUUGAUUUAAUGUUCGACAGAAUAAAGUUUCUUCUGUUUUUGUCCAUUUUAAGACAUCGAACUGUUCGGUAUACGACGACAUUUGAAUGACUGGAUUAUUAAGAUCCCAUUGUAAGAAUACGACGUUGUUUAUUUUAGUGGUUUCUGGAUAUUUUUGGUGGUUGCUGCUGUUGUUUCUGCUCGUGACAUUUAACGUGUUUGUUGGUGGAACAUAAAGAGGCUGCAGAGGAAGAGUAGAGCAGCUGCUCCGUCGGCGGCGGCUUUAAGUGCUGCUUCUUUUUAAUUACAGUCUUUAACCACAAACUGUCAGCCUCAGCAUCAGCUCCACCAUUAUUUUAGCCCGCAGCAUUUACAUCCAAACAGGGUCAGGAAAGCUCUGCUGCAGGAAUACGUUUUUUAACGAGGUCUGCGUGAACUCUGUGAGGUCAACAAUCUCUGAUAUCUCAACUUCAAUAAGAGCUCUCUUUACUCAUGAUAGAGAGCUGUUUGACAUCCAUGACGCUCCGUGAUUUAAGAAGAGAUGAUGACUCCCAUUUCACUCAGGCUGCAAUAUAACUGAGUGAUGUAUUGUGGUGAACUGCUCCUUUAAGCCUGUGUAUGUGUGUGUAAGUGUGUGUAAGUGUGUGUUAGUUUCUGCAGGGUCAGAGAGGUUGGUAGUUUUCCACGGUUGCAGCAGAGCAGUAAAGAUGAGGUGGAGCAGGUGGAAACAUGUAUCGCCCUGAGAUACCCGAGAAUCCACCGAGAGCUGCAGCUUAAUGACCGAGCUCCGGUCCUGCUGGAGGAACCUUCCAGAAUCUCAUCACCUCUUGGACAGGUGUCUCUGUCCUCCAUCCAAACUCUGAUAUACACAAUAAAGAGGGAGGGGGGGACGCAGACUGUCCGUCUGUAAAAGUCUGAAUUAAAACUGUGAUUACUGAGGAUCUGAACGAACCUCUGAGCAAAGUCUUUCUUUCUUUCUUUCUUGUGUUCUUUUUUCUUUUUUCAUUCUUUCAUUCAUUCAGUCUUUCUUUUUUUCUUUAUUUUUUCUUUUUAAUUUUAAUAUUCUUAAUUUAUAUUUAUAUUUAUUUUAUAAAUUACUAUUUUUAUUACUGUCUUUUUUAUUCUCUUUUUUCUUUUUACUUUUCUUUUUUGUCUCUUUUAUUUUUCUUCUUCUCUAAUGUCUUUCUUUUUUCUUUUGUUCUUUUGUUCAUUCUAACUUUCUUCGUUUCUUUGUUGUCUUUUUAAAAAUAUAUAUAUUUUUAAAUUUCUUCUUUAUUUUCUUUUUCAUGAAUCACAUUAGCUCGCUAAAUGUUUCAAGCAAAAACCCGUUUAAGGGCCGCAUCGGGUCCCUCAGGGGGUCAGUUUGGAGGACAUCUUUCUGCAAACGUCUCACUGAAGUUGAUUUCAGUCACUUUAAGAUAAAAGCGUUUUUCCUGUUUUCCUGAAUUUUCCUGAAAUGAGAUCGUGAUCGUCUAAAGCUAUAUUACAGGACGCGGCUGAAUGCUAACGUUAGCUUCGUUUAGCUAACGUGUCUUUGCAGCUGAGUAUUAAAGUGAUAGCAUUUAAAAUCGGCUGUAAUUUGUCUGAUUGUUGACAUUUGUGUGAUUUACACAAUCAAACGCUAAAAUCCGAAAUGACGCCGAUGUUUGAGCCCCCCCACCCCCACCUGAGCGGGACAUCGGGGGUUCAGGGACCGAGAGCUGAAGCAUUAAGUCUUCAUAAUGAGUGGUAGUUAAUGGCAGUAGCUGUUCGGGAACAUGUUUAACUCACUUCACCAUGAAAACAAUGAGACUGAUCAGAAAAGAGAAUAAUUAUCCAAUAUUUUAAUUGAUUAUAUCAUCUCUGGAGCAGAGAGUUAUGACUCAAACGAAUUAAUCAGCCUCCACAGGGACAAUUAUUCAUGCAGCACACCAUGGCUGUGACGUCCUGAACUGAUCCCAUUUUACCGCUCCGAUGUUCCUCCGGAAAAUCGAUCGUUAUUUUCACAUUUAAUUUUUUUUCUGUUUUCUUUCAGUGGAUUUAGUCUCAGCUCCCCUCACUCGCCCUUUUUGAUGCUCUCAGUCGUAUCAAAGAGGCUGCAGCCCCUCCUCCAUCGGGUGUAGAUGGUCCCCAUAGAGCAAGAGAGUGUGUGUGUGUGUGUAAGUGUGUGUGUGUGUGUGUGUGAGUGUGUUUUAUAUCACUGAUCACAACAACCAACCCCCCUAACAAAUGCUCACACACACACUGAGCCCACACACUCCUCUCUUCUCCUCAAACAUCCCUCUCCAGUUACCCUCCCUCUUUCUCUCUCUCUCUCUCUCUCUCUCUUUCUCUCUCUCCCCCCCCCCCCUGCUGUGUGAGAGACUGUGCGAGUGUGUGUCGAUGCGUCGCGAUGCGUCCGCUGCCUAACAGGUGUUCAGUUCAGUCUUUCAGAGCCGGAGCUCCGCAGUGAGGAGCAGACUGACAGCAGCCUCUCUCCGCUCUCACACCCAGGACUGAGCUCCUUCUCUGGGGGGGCUGCUGCAGCGUCCACCCCCCCUCCUCCUGGAGAGCUGGAGGCAUCAAACAGAGAGAUCGAACCCAGCGGAGCAGACUCACUCGCUGGGAUAGAUCUGCUGCUGAGCCACCGACACGCUCUCUUAUUGCUGUCUUUGCGGCGACGCCAGGAAACUCUUCAGAUUUCAGCGCACUUUGGAGCAACUUUCUGAGCGCGUUUCCAUCACACAGGUGUCUCCUCCGGUGAAGCAGAGAAGUUGAGAUGGGUUUUGGUUUUUGUGGAGGAUUUUGGAGCAGGACAGUUCGAACAGGGAUGCAGCUGAAGCCAAAGUGGACCGUUUGGAGCUGAAUUCUCGUCUUUUCUGUGUCGUAGUUUAGAAAAUCGGAUUUGUAGACCUGUUGAAAACACAGACGAAGGUUUCUGAAGUCCUCGAUGAUGCUGUGAAGUGUUCCCGGUGACAGUUUGUCUCGUCAGAGCGAUGAUGCAAAACUGAGGGUUUGGUUUUUUAUGACAGGGUCUGAUUUUUGGACUCUCGGAGAACGGUGUGAGAACUUUCCUGACCCCCUUUCUGCUUGUUCUGGUGAGGUUUUACCUGAAACCACCUGCUGCAGACUCUCCUCCUCUGUGGCUCCACUGAUGGAUUUUUCAGCCGUGGAUUUAGUGCUUAUCCAUCCCUCUCUUCUUCCUCUGUGUGUGUGUGUGUGUGUGUGUGUGUGUGUGUGCGUCAGGUCGGACUUUAAGCUCUCCCGGUUGGCUCAGAGGUGGAAUCAGAGGUCGGCAGGAGAUGCUCUGAUUAAAGACCUGAAACCCUAUUUCUACGCGGGAGUCCCUCGAUCUUCACUGAGCCUGGACAGGUGAGACACACACACACACACACACACACACAUACACACACACUGUUACACAACCAGCUGAUCAGAUAAUGAAAGUUAUGUUCUGUUCUUUUUGUACAAAAUCUCACUUUUGCAAACGUGACAAAUAUCAGAUGAUCGCCCUCCUUUUUAGGACUUAACGCCUGAACCCUGUUUUCAUAGAUAAAGAGGUUAACUCUGUUUUUAAAGGGUUGAUCUUCUUUGUCGGACAGAAAAACUCCUAGAUGUUACAGAGGUACAGACUUUUGCUGCAUUUGAGUUUCCUCGGAAGGCAGGAGUCCGAGCUGGGAAUGACGUCACACCCGAGUUACUCGUGUUUCAGUUGCCAAAGCAAGAUCUGGGAAAGUUAUUUUAGCGCUUGCCUUGUCCUUGCUUAUAUUCGGACAAGAAGCACUAAAAAAACAUUUAUAGCUGAAGCCAUCUUGUUUCUGCCUCCAACUUUGCUUUUUUCUGACUUGGUAACUAAAAUGCUGGGAACUCAGGUGUGACGUCAUUUUCAGCUCCGACAUCUGACUUCUGAGGUAACUCAAAUUCAGCAUUUAUCCUGUCUGUAAACCUGCCGGUCUCACACAGUGAGUGGAUUUGACAAAAAGUCUGUUCAUCAACAUCAUACCCUUCCAUUUUGUGAGGUGAUAUCUGUGUUAGGAGGAGAAGGAAGAGGAGGCAGGUGUCUGUGUGUCUAAAAAGGAGAAAUAGCAUUAGCAUGCUAAUAGAGAGGCUGAAGCCGUUAGAGUCAUUGGUGAGUGUUUAUGGAGUUAACGUUUACAAGUCCAGAAAGAGUCCCCGGUCUGUUUCAGUGUUAAUAUCAUAUGUUGUUUCUGUUGUCAAUAAAAGAGUAAAUCUAGCAGUUUUAUAUCUACAGUGGCUGUAGACAUCUUUAUUUCUUUUUAACACAGGGCUCUAUGGGGACUGACUCACUGUACAACCAGCCUCUAGUGGACACUUGAGGAAGUGCAGUUUUUGUUUUUCUGUAUUCAUUCUUAAGCGCAGGAGGUUGUCACUAAGUCUUACCCCAUCAGAACAGAAGUGUCACUUAAACCUGUCUGUGCCGUCGUCAUGGUUACCUGUCGUCUCAUAACUCCUGAGCUUGACCUGCUGACCUGAAGCAGAUAUGAGUUUAGUACCUGCGUCCAAUCCUGUGGAUGCACUGUGUUUGAUGUGUGUGUACAAGUGUGUAGAUGUAUCAGUGUGUGUCUCUAUUAGUGUGUAGAUGUAUCAGUGUGUGUCUCUAUGAGUGUGUAGAUGUCUCAGUGUGUGUCUCUAUUAGUGUGUAGAUAAUUGUGUGUGUGUUCAGAAUGUGUCUCUGAGGAUUAUCACAUUGGGCUCCUUCAGCAGGUUCUCUCUGCACAAUAAUCCGGCUGAUUUUUACCCUGAUCCACAUAUGUAACAAAGGUCAGUGAAGUCCUGGUUUUCUGAUCCUCUGAGGAGGAUCCUGUCCUGGUUUUCUGAUCCUCUGAGGAGCCAGAAGAUCCUGUCUGCACUAAUGUGGCGUUGUCAACAUUCAAGCAUUGGGAUUAAAACGAUAACUGCAAAGGGACAAGGAAGCAAAACUAACGCAGCCAUGGCAACAAGAGUAAACACUGAGUUUAAAGUUAGUGACGGUGACUCCGCCCACUACAACAAACAGGUAGUGAUUGGAUAUUCACUCACAGGGAGGAGUUUCUUCAUCAGAGACUUAUCGACGUCCCUCUGGACACGUUAAUAUUAAACUGAGAAUUGAGCUACAUGAGUGUUUUUUUUUUUCUGCAGACUGGCGUGUUAAACACUCGCCGUAAUCAGAGCUAAUCAUCAGCCACCAUGUUGGAUUAAUAUAAGGUCCGCUCUCCAUCCCUGAGGGUGGCGUUAUUAAGUCACAGUCAGCCGUUAAAUAUCGAGCGACUGUAGAAGAAAAUGAGUUUGUUGUUCUCCUUCGUUAAUAUUUCAGGAAACACUCUCCUCCGAUGCCUCCUGUGGAUUUACUGAACGGCGAAAAUACUAAAGCUGUUUGUCCGUUUUAAUCGUUUAAAGCUCCUCCUCCUCCGCCGCGGUAAACUCAGGACAUGCAGAUGUGGGGGAGGGUCGGAGGAUUGAUAUUUGGAUCAAUCUGUGAGCUGAACCCAAUUAUCUUGAACACAGCAGAUAUUUCCUCUUAUAAUGAGACGGGAUGUCUGAGUGGAUUCAGCGGACACAGCUGUGAACAUGAGGACUUUAGAGGAGCAGCUUCAUGCGCGGCGCUCCUGUCUGCAGGUGCAGCUAUUAGAUAACAGGUGCUUCGUUUUCCAACCGCUGACUAAUUAAAUAAUCCCAGAGUUGUUGCACAGAUUAACAUAAUAAACUGUGCAGCAGGGAGAGAGGGAGAACAGUCAUUUACUGACCUGAUAUUCAGCGCUGUUCCACACGGCUUCACAGACGAAGACCUCAGACUUAAAUAAACUUACAUUUGUUUUUUUUCUUGUUUUUUUAGACACAGAUUUCCUCGUCUGCUUUAUUCAUGUUUCCUCUUCUCAGGGUUUGUGGAUGUGGUGAUGAACUCUUCUGUUUUUGAGAAAUUUGGAGCCCGUGUGAUAGGGCUGCACGAUAUUGGAAAAAACUAACAUUGCCGUUUUUUUUUAACUCUGCGAUAUUAAAAAAUAGAGGAAUUUUACUAAAACCUGAAUCUCACUUUUUGCUGAAAUCUUGAGGACAGUUAACCUGCACUGAUCUUUUAGUGAAUGUUUUUCUCUUGUUCGUUACUCAUUUUGCAUUCGUUGUUGUUAUUGGUGUUGUGUCGAGAAACACAUCCCCACCGAGAACUGCAUGCACCUCUCAAAACAUGCACAGCUUAUAGUCGAGUGGUCCAUGAAAAUGUCCAAUUUCAAACCCAUACAGUUCUUAUUUGUGGGGCUAAACAGUGAUGAGGAAUGUUCCCAAAGUAAUUCUCGGUGGAUAUGAGUUUCUCGGCACAACAUCGACAGCGCCAGCGACUCACUCCAUGUGUGGGGGCGUGGUUUCCUCCUCUCUGGUUUUGAUUGAUGGCUGGCAGGCUAGUCUGAUUGGCAACUGAGUUACGAACGAACGUGAUUGGUCUAUAAUUGAAAUUAGAUGAGUUCAUUCACCUCCAACAUCGCAGGGUCUGCAAUGUGACUAUUGCCAUGGCGAUGCUCAAACGAUCGUGCAGCCCUACCGUGCGAUGAUUUCCACUCCAGAGUCCUGUCUGUUUUUAAUGCCUGAGAGCAGAAGACCAGGACCAUCCAGUCUUGGUUUUGGUCUUUGCAGAAGGAGGCUAGAGUAAGGCAGUGAAUCUUACCUCUCAUGGAGUCACAGCAGAUGUGAAGCAGUCUGAUAAAGUCCAGCUCAGUCUGAGAUGUCCUUACAGGCCACCGUACCGAGGAUUUAGGCCCCUCUGUUGGUCCAUCUUCAGACUCAGGAUAAUUACCGAUCUAAGAAUGAAAAACUGGAUCAGGUCUGAUUUGUUCUUCGUGAUGAGCCGCUGUCACGACCUCACAGCUUCUGAAGCUUCUUCAGAGACUCAAUGACUCUCCAAUCAGCUCCUUUCCUCUCCGACACGAAGCUCCGAGUUAACGAGUCUGAGAGGAGGAACAUGUUAGACCAGGUUCAACACAGUCAGGACUGACUUUGGUUGCUGUUUCCAAAUUUCAACCUUUGACGUUUCAAAGAGAAGUUGAAUGAAAUCGAGAUGCUUUAUGAGACGACUGCAGGAUGUGAAGUUGAUUGUUCAUGCUCCACCCUGUGGUGAUUUAAAGUAAGUGUAGUGGAUCAGAGCAGUGACCCGACUCUGAGGACUUUUAUUUUGGAGGUUUUGCAGCCAGAAAACUUAAAGUGGAGAAAAUGACGGUAAAAUAAAAACAGAAGAAGAAGAGUCUCUUCUUCUUUAACUCAAUCUCUCUCUCUGUGUUAUCGUGUUUAGCUGUCCCUGUAAAUGCUGAAUAAACAUCGUUUGUCCUCAAACUCACAUGAGCUCCAAACUGGAAUAAAUGAACACAAACAGAGUAUAAGAGUUUCUGUGUGUUCAUGGUUAAAGACAGUAAAUUGUUUCUAUGGAAACGUCCUUAAGAGGACAUACAAAACCUCCUCAACAGCCUCAAUAUCAUGUUUUUGGUUCAGCAUGAAUGUGGAUCAAAAACUGUGUUCAGAUUUAAUGAAACGCUGUCGGCUGUGGAGGGUCGUUCAUGCAGAUUUUAAGAGCCAAUCAGCCGCAGCGCCUGAGUCCUGAUGAAGUGAGAGCAGAACAAUCAGCCGAAGCAGCAAUCAUCGUCUGAGAGCGUUAAUGAGCGACCCUGCAGGUGUGUUUCCUGCAGCUACAGCGGGAUGAACGUCAGGGGCUUCAUAUCAGGACACAAAGAAGAUAAUGAGUGUUUUUUUUCACCAUCUUUAUACAAAAGACAGAAAAUGAACCAGGAUACGACUCACUGAAACUGCAGUUCCUCAAGUGUCCACCAGGGGCUGGUCCCAAAAGUGACUCAGUCACUUGGAGCCCGUAGAGUCAAAAUAAGCCUUUAUUUAGAGUCUUUAUUUUUUUGGUUUGUUGUCAGACUUUAGAUAUAGAUAUAAAACAAAACAGAUCUGUUCAGAAUAAACAAAAAAAAUGUCUGUAAACUUUGUAAAGUCAGAGGAGUCUUUUUAGAGUCAUAAGGUAGGACUUAGACAUCUGCCAAAACUGCAGUUCCUCAAGUGUCCACCAGAGGCUGGUCCCAAAAGUCAGUCAGUCCCCAUAGAGCCCCAUGUUAAAACCUUUCCAGUAAAAAUUAGCCUUUAUUUAGAGUCUUUAUAUAUAUAUAUUUUUUUUUGUUUCACUUUUUUUUUUUAAACACGUCAGACUUUAGACAAUAUAGAAAUAAAACCAAACAGAUCCCCCCGGAAUAAACAAAAAUGAUGUCAGUAAACUUUGUAAAGUCCAAGAGGUCUUUUUUUAACAUAAGGUAGGACUGAGACAUCUGCCAAAACUGCAGUUCCUCAAGUGUCCACCAGAGGUUGGUCCCAAAAGUGACUCAGUCCCCAUAGAGCCCCAUGUUAAAGCCUUUCCAGCAGAAAUAAAAAUGUUUAUUUACCAGUGAAGUCUCUUAGUUUGUUUCUUUAUUAAUGAUGUUUAAUAACGGGCUGAACUCACCAAUUCAAAUUAAUCAAUAAACAGUGACAUGAUGUGUCGCCGUGACAACCAACAUCAUCAUUUAAGAGUUUGAAAAAAAGUGUCAGUUAAGAUUUAAACAAUCCAGCGCUGCUCGGCGCAGCACCAUGACUCAGAGGAUGAAAAGGAGUGGUCCAAAGACCGACCCCUGAGGGACUCCUUCAGGGACCGUUAGUGGGCUGGAGUGUCGUCGUCGCCCCCCCACAGACUGAACUCUGUAUGGAUGUCGUGAACCUUUAAAACGUGGAAACAGUCGGUGUUCUCCAGAGUUCUGGAGACUAAAUAAAUGCAGCAGAUAAACCCGAAGAGUGUGAAAUCCCAGCGGCUGCUGCAUCCUUUUAUUAUUUUAUAAAGAUUAUCGAUUUGACUCCAGACCAUUAGCUUCAUCUGGAUUUCAGACCCCCCCUCUCUGCUCCUGAGGCGUUGAAUGAUCACAGUACUUAUAUCUCACCCCGCUGUCCUCCAUCACAGCUCCCACUGAGGACACUUUGGACAGUCCUGUCAUUUCACUGACGCGCUGAAAUUGUCCAAGCGUGUUGUUGAAGAUGAGCGAAGAACGGGGGGCUGACGGCGGGGGUCAUAUUUUCUCCGGACGACAGAAUGAAGCGAUCAUUUGUGACGGAGCGAGAGCAGAGAGACGAGUCAUUAAGAUCCUGCUGGUUUUCACAUUUUACAUUUCUCUGUGAUGGAGUCGAUGGAGCAGAAACACGAGGCUGAGAGAUGCUCAGCUCCCAGGAUUUCAGUGUGUGUUUCAUUAGCAGCUCUCUCUCUCUCUCUCUCUCUCCUCAUAACUACACUUUCAUAUCCUCUCUCUAUCAUCCCUCUCUCUCUCUCUCUGUGGUGAAGGUUUCUUCUCUCUUCUUCUGCAGGUUUCAGUCCUUCAUAACGACAAAACUAACAGCCGUCUCUCUCUCUCUCUCUCUCUCUCUCUCCUCUCAGACGCCUCCCGGUAGUCAUGACCCAGCAGAUGCAGAACCUGCAGCUGGCUCAGACCAGGAAGUGUCCCGGUGGGCCCGCCUCCCCGAGCGCCGCCAAGCGUCUGUACAGGAACCUGUCGGAGAAGCUGCGAGGGAGCACCUCCUCCUUCGAAGACACCUACUUCUUCAGCAAGACGGACCGCCUACGCAAAGCCUCGGUGAGUCCAGAUAGGUGGACUUGAUUGGACCCUGAGUGGUAAUAGUCUAGAUGGAAUAGGGGGUCCACGCACAACCCCCCAAGGUUUUUUUUUUAUUCUUGAAGUUUGAAUUUCCAGGAUAUUCCAGGUACCAAACUGAAUUAAUGUCCGAAAGGUUUCAUUUUUAACUCCAACUCAAAAAUCCAAAUAUAAGUGAGAUAACUUUUGAUGUGAACAACUUACGGAGACAAAUUAACACAUUUUCCCAAACAAUUUUGACACAAAUAAUUCAAUUAAUAUUUAUUUUUAAUAUUUGACAAAAUCUUGAUUCUGUUUUCAUUUAUUAAUGCCCAAAAAAUUGGCAGAAAAAGCUCAUUUGGCAGCUCCUCAUAACUAAUACUUAAUCGUACUAAAUCAACCAGAGGAACAGAUACUUAUGUCAGAGCUCCAGGUGGGCCACCCAGGUCCAAAAGUCUGGACACGCCCCUGCAGAGCAGCUCAGAGGAACCCGAAGGAUCUGAGGGUCGCCGUGUUAGUCCAACGAAAGCCGCAGGAAAACGUCUUUCUGCUGAUCGUUAAAGAAUGAGAGAAACCUUCAACUUCUGACCCGGAAAGACGGUAAAGAGGCGACUCCAGAACCGGCAGAUAACAGUCAGUCAGAGGGUGACCCACAGCCCCUCUGGACUCGGGUUCAGGAUCAGGAUUUUCCCUCACAGAGGACUCUGCUGAUGGAUAUUUAGGGUUUGAAGUGAUCAUGAAAAAUAAAACAAACACACAGAGGUUUUUUCAGACGCGGUGGAUGACCACGUGAACGGCGGUCUCUUUAUCUCAGGUCUGAACGCUGUCACGAUCCCGUAAACAGAAAAACUAACGAUUUUAGAAACUCCUGGUUCAUUCGUCGGUUUACUGAGUUUUUAAUGAUGAUCAGAGAUUUAACCAGCAGCAGGUUCCUGUGACUCGUUUCAGACACGGGUCCAUGUGUCCGACACACGGAGGGAUCGAUACAGAUCUGCUUUGGCUCUUCUCUAAUCCCGUUAACAUCCUCGUCUCCAGAGGCUGAACUCUUCGUCCUCGCCCUUCUCACGUCCUACGAUUCGACCCGAGAGCUUCAUGGUUACGUCAUGAAAUCUCUGUCCAUCCUCGCUCUGAAGGAUUCAGAUUUAUUUUCUUCUUCAGAGGAGGAGGAGGAGGAGACUCUUACUCCUCAUGUCCUUCUACUUCCUGUCGCUCAGGUUCAUCCCGACCGACGGUGUUACAGGUCGUCCUCUGAGUGAGUGACAUUUACAGAGCGGACAUGAAAGAGAGAGGAAGAGGAGGGAGAGAGGAAGAGGAAGAGACCAAAAAUGUGAAGUACAGUAUUAAAUCUGUCAGGGACUAAAGGUUGGAGUAUAAAUUAUAAAUAAGAGUCAAUCAGGAGUUUGUGAUCGGAGAAUAAAGGAGACGGAAAGAAAGACAAACGUUUAAGUAACAAGAAGAAGAAGAAGAAGAAGAACUUUAUCGAUCCCUGAAGGGAAAUUCAAUUCUCUGUUGUCUCACAUAAUAUGUCUCUAAAAAUUAUCUAAGAGUUAUAAAGUCUGAUGUCUGUUGGUACCAAAGAUCUUCUGGAUCUUUCUGUCCUGCAGCGAAGAGAGAGGAGCCGUCCACCACCACUGGUCCUUUGGUCCAUCAGGGUGUUGUGAAGUGGGUGAUCCAUGUUCUUUAGGAUAGUCUCCACCUUCCUCAGUGAAGAUUAAUUGGAACAAGACACUUCAAGACAAGACAUGACACAACAGGAUACAACAGGAUGAAAUCUACGAUACGAUAGAGGAGAUAAACCAGAAGCUGUGAGGUGUAGCAGAGAGGAGUCCAAACUCUGUAUUUGGAGUCUGUUUAGAAAAUCCUGGUUCUGAUGUGAACAAACGGGUCAUCAAACUGGGAUCUGCUCAGUCAGAAGGCUAAAACCUCCAGGAUGUGUAUUUGGAGCGUGGCAAAUAGGUUUCCAUUCUAAUCAAAGCAGCGAAGCGUACAGGACGAGUAUCAGCUCCGUCGCAGCGUCGCACCGAGAGCAGCUCUGCUAAAGAUACGCGGUGAGUCGGUUUUUGCUGCUCAUUCCACACAGAGAUCGUUUCAGACAGGAAGUCAAGCAUGAAAAACCGCACUAAAACACCUUAUGUGAACUCCUGACUGUGUAUCAGUUGGUGUAGAUGAGAAAUCCUUCCUGGUUCUGGAUUUAUCAGUAACACAGAUUCUGAUGGUCGAUCCCUGAUCCAUGUGGACCCAACAGGACUUUGACCUGCUAACUCUGUCUGAAGGGAACAGCAGAAAGGAACAGAGUUUACUUUAUUAAACACCAGGAAACCUGCAAAAACACAAACUGGAAAAUCACUUCAAGCUUUUUCACAGACAGUCGAGGAUCAACAGUCACUGAAUUAUAUCAGAAUUAUCAGGAAAUCGACCACAGAGAGGAAAAACAACCUGCUGUGAGUGUGUUGUCUCCUCUAUACUGAGCAAAUACAAAUACGCUGAUCCUGUACGAGAGACCCAACGCUGCUCUACGGAGCAAACACGGAACAACGAGCUAAAUAUGGAUCCUGUAUGAAGGUGGGAGAUCAUCCUGAGUCCAUGUAGAUCCUGAAAACCCAGACAGGCCCAGGUUUGGGGUUUAGAUGUUUGUGGUCAAACUCAGAGCUGAAUCCAGGAUGAUGGAGUCGUUCAUGACAACCUGCAGCUGAAUCUCCUCACCUGUCCGUGUGUGUGUGUGUGUGUGUGUGUGUGUGUGUGUGUGUGUGUGUGUGUGUGUGUGUGUGUGUGUGUGUGUGUGUGUGCGGCGGUGCAGUCUUUGUAGUUAUAGGACAGAUGGACACUCAGAGGUCAGCGACUGAUCUAUAUGGACAGGAUGUUUGGAUCUAUAUUCAACCUUUCUAUGAUGAGGAGAGGCUUCAAACAGAACCUGAGGCUUCAGAUCUGCAGGAAAAACUCGGACUUUCUCUCUUUUUUAUCCUCCACCGAACACGUGCAGAAAUCGAACAUGAAACCACGUCAGCUCCUGCAAUGAUCGAUCGAUUAAACGUUAUCCGCACAGAAAUUAGAUGGCGAUUUUUUAGGUAAAUGUCAAAGACUGUCGGAGGUUUUAAAGACAAAACAAACUCCUCCUGCUGCUGCUGUCGUCUCUCUGAAACCGCUCUGUCUGUGUGAAAAAAGGACGGAUAUUUACAGGAAUGGAGAGUUUCUCUACAGAUCACUGUUUGUCAUCUGCAGACAAAAGAAAUGUGUGGACCGUUCUGGUCUUAACAUUCGGUAAAUAGAAGCAUCGUCACACAUUUGAUAAAAACCAAGAAAAGUUUGUGGUCGUCACGGUAACGAUGGCGUUAUCUCUGAGGACUGAGAGGGAAACUUCUAUUAAAGGUCCUGUCAGGAGUUUUUGACUGUAAUAAAUGGACCUAAAUUCAGAACAAUGUUUUUUAAUGGUAUUUAAAGGGGAAACAGGACCAUCAGAACCUGGAUCAGUAUUUAGUGGGCCUGUUUUUACUGAUCCGGAUCAGUCAGGAGGUUUAUGACCACGGCGUUCUCAUCCGCGCUCUGAUGAGUCUCAUGUCUGAAAGUUGAAUGUUUGUCUCUCUUCUUCUUUUUGAGAGUUUCUCCCGCUCAUUAUGAACUUUUCUGAGCGGAGGAAACUUUACAGAAAUGUAUUCACCCCAAAGUUCUGAAGGUUCUUCCAGAGCGGGGAAAAGUUUCCACGCAGAACUUUGGAAGAUCUUCUGCAGGUUCUAAGAGUCUGUUUGUGUCUCCUCCUCCGUAGACCAUGCAGGGCAGCGACUGCAUCUUCGAGGCGGUGGAGCAGCAGGACCUGGACACGGUGCAGAUCCUCCUGUACCAGUUCUCGGCGGAGGAGCUGGACCUCAACACGCCCAACAGCCAGGGCCUGACGCCGCUCGAUAUCGCCAUCAUGACCAACAACACGCCCAUCGCCAAGCUGCUGCUGAAGGCCGGAGCCAAGGAGAGUCCGCACUGUGAGUACGCCGGAGAGGGGCGGGGCUUAUUCUCCUCAUUGGCUGUCAUCAAUGUCUUAACUUACCUCGCGUUCAGCAUGGAGGACCUCGAGAUGUCUUUUUAGAUUCAUGUUGUUUUUCUCGGCUUUUUCCCGGUCGCAUUUCUCCCCUUUUUCUCUUUUUUGUUUUCCACUUGUUUGAAAUUAAAGUCUGUCCAGAUAUUAUUUCUUCAUUUCCUCCCCAACAACCCGACCAUGACACCAACUCACCCAAAAACGUCUUUGCCCCCCGCAUCUAAAAAUACGGUGAGUUAGGGGAUUGAGGAAGUGACGUUGCAGAGGAAACAGAAAACAAGAACAACACGACUGAACAACUUCGUCUCGAGUUUUAAUUUUAUGAACCACAUUAAGUCUCUUUUUUAUUCGUCAACAAUACUGCGUUAUAUAUUUAGUUAUAGUUAUCGUCACAAGACCACCAUUUACGUUUCGUCUCGUCUCGUUUUCGUCACGUGAUAAGGAUUGUUGACGACAAUAUUACGAAAGGAACACAACUGUUCUGGUGUGUGAGGAGACAGCAGUGAGGGUGUCCUCGUCUUUUGGCGUCCAUAGAUCAGUCUCACCUGACCACAGACCGUUUUACGACCAGCGUGGGUGCAGGACCUGAAAUUGAAUGGAGAAUCACAACAUUUCACCGUACACUUAAAUGCUGUGUUCUCGGUGUUUGCUCCUUUUUUAUCAGCUGCACAGAAAACAGAGAAAACAUAGAAAUCAUGACCUUACAGGCGGUUUUUCACGAGCACUAAAGAUGUGACAGCUCCGCCUCCUUUUUGCUGCGAUCAUGUUUGACAAAGACGUUUCAUAAACGCUCUGAUCAGCCUGACAAAUUCAGGUAAGGGUUAAUUCACCGUUAAGGAAAGACUCUUUAGUUCCAAGAUAACUGUUAGGAUGAGUUUCUUUAACCCGUCAUAUCAGCCUUUAGAGUGUUGGAGCUGUGUCACUCAGAUACCUCAGACACUUUGGUGUUAGAUUUUUUUUGGUGUUUGUUUUGACCUCACAUGGAUUUCUCUUAGGGUCAACUAAAUAUCAACAGUAUGUUUAGAGUUGUGGACCGCUGUAUAUACUCGAACGGUCUUAGACCACUCUUUGCUACACUUGAUGAAGCUGUAACCAGGAUCUGCAACCAGUAAAGCUCGUCAAACUGACCCUUCGUGUGGACCUGAGCUCUGCAUCCUUACAAUAACCAUAGAGAGAUUUUCUUCGUCCAGGUUUUGAGCAGCGACUGUUUCAAAUAAAAGUCUUAUUUCUACCUGGAUCAGCAGGAAAAAGACGUGCUGCUGUUUUUCUUAUUUCUGUUUGUGUGAAGAUAAGAAAGAAAGACUCGCACAGACAGACAGACAGACAGACAGACAGACAGACAGACAGACAGACAGACACAGUUGGUCUUUUUGUUCCUCCUCCUUUCACUCGUCUGUAAUCCUGAGCUGUAGAUGACAGACUGAUUAACUUUUUCAGCCUCAGCUGUGAAUAAUGUCUCAGAGGAGAACAGAGGAGAACAGAGGAGCCGCUCUGCUGAUUGUGAGUGUUUAUUGAUCGGAGGAGAAGAAGAACAUCAGCAGGUGUUGGACUGUCUGCUCACUUUGUCGGCUUCUCCACCACAAACACAGUAGAAGGAUCAUUUCACCUUUACUGAAGAUCUGAACCCAGGUUCUGCUCCGUUAUCAGGACCGGCUCUUAUCUGCUGUCCUCCUCUGCAGCUCUGUGUGUGUGUGUGUGUGUGUGUGUGUGUGUGUGUGUGUGUGUGUGUGUGUGUGUGUGUGUGUGUGUGUGUGUGUGUGUGUGUGUGUGAUUCCUGUAUUUCUGUUCAUCUCUGAUCGUCUGCUCGGCUCUGCACGUUUUUCAUCAGUCUGGUCUGACCUUUCAGUCUUAUAGACCCCCAAACUCAUUUACAGGUGGACCGAUCAGGGCUGUUAUUGUUUACGCUGGUUGUCAUGGCGACGCUGAUGUAACUCUGUUUUGAUAAAUACGUAUGAAGGGACGGCGUUAGAGGUUCACACUGGACCUAAAGUUUUAUACCAACACUCCUGAACCCUCCAAAGACAGGUGGUCUGUGUGUGUGUGUGUGUGUGUGUGUGUGUGUGUGUGUGUGUGUGUGUGUGUGUGUGUGUGUGUGCGUGUGUGUGCGUGCGUGUGUGUGCGUGUGUGUGUGUAGGGGGUAAAACAGUGACCACUUUACAGCGGUGGGGCCUCCUGCGUGCGCCCCAGCUUUAACAGUGUUUGUCGUUUAAUGGUUUAACUGUUCCAAUGAUGCAUGUAAUGCCGAGGCAAUUACAGCCCAGUGAUUUAUCGUGGGGGGGCGGGGGACCGCGAGGGUUCUCCUGACGGCGGCGUGGGGACUCUGGGCGGCGGUACAAUCCCACGGUUGUAAACAAACAGAGAGUAAACAGAGGGUCGGUUUUCCCCGAGGGGGGCGCCGCGCUCUGUUUAUGUCAUUCCUCAAGUGCCAAGUAAAUCAACCAGCCUGACAGCACAGAGUGUGUGUGUGUGUGUGUGUGUGUGUGUGUGUGUGUGUGUGUGUGUGUGUGUGUGUGUGUGUGUGUGUGUGUGUCUGUGUGUGUGGGCACUAGGUAAAAAUCUCCAUUACAGACUGAAAGUCCCGCCCUCAUAUUCAGGAUAAAGUAAACAUGUGUCUGAGGCUUCAGGACGUCGGCUCAAUUAGGGGUGGGAGAAAAGGCGAUUUAUUUAAGUAUUCCAAUUUUAAAUAGAUUUUUUUCAUUCAAGAAUCGUUUUUUUUUUUUCAAAUUUAAGAAUAAAUCUUAAAAACUGACUUAUAUGUUAUAUGUAUUUUUAGGGAAAAAUGGUUCCUGGAAUAAUCAGCAGACAAUCAUUCAACUGUUUGACUGAUGUUAAAAAUGCAGCAAGAUUCUUACACACCGGGAACGACGAAAAUAUACGACAUGAAAUUACGAAAUAUUCUGAGGCGAAUUUUGAGGCGCCUGACUGUACACAUCAAGCACGAUGCGAUUUUGCGACUUAGAAACGAGAAGAUUGCCCCAACAGCAGACUGAGUGUUUUCAGCUCUGAUUAGACUCUAGUGUUGAGAUGUCUGUCUGUCAUGAUAGCAUGUACUGAGUCGGGGCCAGUACCAGAUAAACACAUGAAACUAUAGUAACAACCGUUAGCUUACGUUAGCACAGAUGAAAGUUAAAACAAAGACGUUUAUCAAACUGUUAAAGCACACAAACCAUCGUCAUAUGAGAAAUCCGACUCUAUGACUCUCCACAAGUCAUCCUUCAGGUCGUUAUCUUUGUAAUAUUUGUGUCUUUUAUCAAAAAUCACUCUGUUCUCUGACACGUAAACAAUCAGCCGGUCGGCCAUGUUGGAUGUACUGGUGAAUCUGACAUCGCAACAACACGCAAUCUGAUUGGUCAGACGAUAAAAUAAAUGCUGCAAUAUCGCAGGACGGGAAAACGUCGCUGAUGUGAACGCUUGUCUUGACAGGAUACUGUCAAAAUAUUGACGUCCGAAAUAAUCGCACGAAAAAAAACGCUCCCAGUGUGAAAGGACCUCAAAAAUCAAGAAAUCGACAAUAUUGUAGAAUCAUAAUUUAAAUCGACUCGGCAUCCAAAAAAUCGUACAAAAAUCGAAUUGAGAGAAAAGCAUAUCAUCCCAGCCCUACUGCUCAUGUACGAAAAAUGAAAAUUAGUAAUCACUUUAAAACUUGGCGAGUUCUCCAGGAGAGCUGCGCUAUGAUAAAGCCCCACGUAUGUAAUAAAUCCUGUAUACUAACCUAAAGUCUUAAUAAAAACUUUUUCUCACAAAAUCCAAAAAUCUCUCCAAACUGAAAAAACCAAAAAGGUUAAUUAAAGAUUCAGAACACGGAGCGAGAUUUCAACACUCUUAUAGGUUUAAUAAAAUAUUGUUGCUCUCAGUAAUUUGAUAUUGACGUGAGAGCAGCAGCAGCAGAGCCUUAUCAUUACUGUAAUUAUUCUAAUAGAGGGGCACAGAUGAGCUCUGGGGGAGUAGAGGGAAUUAAAACGAUAAUGACUGUCACCAGGAUUAAAAAGUAGACGGUGAAAAUUGUUUUUUUCACUUCAGACAUUUGAGUUUCAAACCUGGGACUUUUUUUUUUUUAAUGAAGGUCAUAAAAUUUCAUCAAUUGUGUUCGUGUUUCAUCUUUUUUCUGAAUAUCUUUGCAGUUAUUUUUUAAUCAUCACAGUUUAUCUUUGAAUAAAUUUAAAACAUCCCUGAGAGUCCAGAAUAUGAAUAAAAGCAGAAAUAUGAAAAAUAAAAGUUUAAACUGCUGAAUAAUCUGUGUGUGAAAUAAAGGAGUUAAACCGACUCCAAACAAACUCAGAGUUUGUUUAUCCUUCAGUUUUAAAUUCACGUUUGUUUGUGAAGAUUAAAGAUCGUAUCAGAAAUAUUAAUUCUAUCCACUCUGCACGUGUGUGUUUGUGUGUGUGUGUGUGUCUCCUGAGCUCACCUUUGUUGUGUGUAUUAAUUUACGAGACCCCGGAGCCCCUCCAGGAGUGAGUGUGGCUCUAUAUUUAGCCCCCCCUCCAGUCUCGUCCUCUCUCUCUCUCUCUCUCUCUCUGUCUCUAUCUCUCUCUCUCAGACAGUGUGUUCCUGUGUCCCUGCGGCUAAUUUACAACCUGUCCAAUUAGCUGUCAUUAGCAGCUAGCCGGGUUCUGACAUGGCGAGCAGUAAAGGAAAUGACACUGCUGUUACCAUCGGCAACCAACUGAUGGAGGUCGAUCACAAAAAGGAAAAUUCUGAAGUAUGAGAGAAAGAAAGUUGAUUGAUUUUAAUGGCCUUCAGCAUGCCUCCUGUAGCACACUCACUGUCCACCAGGGGGGCUGUGGACUCGUGUGUGUGUGUGUGUGUGUGUGUGUGUGUGUGUUUGCCUCUUCUUCCUCCUCGUCUCGGUGAUGUCGAGCGUUGCUCCUUUUAUGGUCUUGAAGUGUUUUGUCGUGUUCUCACGUGGACUCGGCAGCGUCGCUCUUUGUCUGCUGUGAAACAUGUCCGACCUUCACCUCUCCCGGCCUUGACGGAGCUGAACCUGCUGCUCACACUCCUACACACACACACACACACACACACUCCUCUCUUCAGGCACACUGAAGGUUGGAGCUGCUGGAUCUUCCUCUGACGCCGUUUGGCUGAUUUCAGUUUUACUUUUUAGAUUUGUGGUUUUCUGUUAACUCUUAGAACGCUGCUGGAUCGCCGGCAAUCCCACAUGACACCAUUAAUAUCAUUUACAGUUUCUCAGGAACUAUACCGUGUAUCUCUACGGGAUAAAAAGCGUUCAAAAGCUUAUCCUUUUGGCGAUCUAUCAAGGGUUUUCAGACAUUUCUACACCUGCCACAAGGUUUACAAUCCAGCCACAAAAACAGGUGUUUGAUCAGAGACGUUUGAUGGUAAAUCCACAGUGAUAAACCGGUGAAAACAGGAUUAUUUAUCAGAUUGUUGUGAUAAAAAAAAAGAUAGCUAACACUAAAUGCCGCUAAUGUCUUCUGGGUUUGAUAAGUGGUGUGUCCCAAAUCGCAUACUUCCAUACUAAAUACUAAAUUAAGUAUACUAAGCAUACUAUGUACUUCUUCUGUCAAACUUUUGACCAAUUACAUGGUCUCAUAUUCUUCUUCUAUUGUUCCUUUGACGGUAGUGUCCAAUAAGAGGCGAGAAAGUUCCCUGCUUGUCUGCGAACCAAAAAUAGAAAAAUAUAGCUAGGAGUUCGAAGGGUUGGACUUCUACUGAAACCUUACAGACCCCCCAAAAAAAGUCCUCUAUCAGACCCAGCCUCCGUAACUCCCAACAUCUGAGUCACCACGUUCAUCCGGCGCUCCUCAGGGCUCCGUACUCGGACCUGUUCUGUUUUCUUUAUGUCGUCAUGAUCUCUCAGUGUUUGUCCUGAUUUUGAUCGUCUGCGUCGCCAAGUGUCCCAACUGUCUCCUCUGUCUCCUGUUUUGUGUCGCAGUUGUGAGCGUGGAGAGUCGGGAGGCCCACCUGAGCUCUCUGGUGGUGGAGGCGGAGCGGCGGGCGGCCGACCUGGCGGCUCAGGCGCAGAGGGACGGUCUGUCUCUGGAGGCGUGUCAGAAAGACAAACAGCUGAGGGCGUGGGAGUGGAGGAGCAAACUGUACAAACGCAUGAAGACGGGGUUUCAGCACGCACGUCAGUACACCACCGACUGUGUUUAUGAAUUAAAAUGAUUAAGUAGAGAGUUUGGCAGCUUUAGGGUCACUUCAGGUCCGGAUCGUUUCCACCAAAAGGUCCGGUUUGGUUCGGUUCUUUCCUCUUCUGUUAAGAAUCUUUCUGAUGAUACUCUUGGCCCCUGCUCAGGUGCCCCGGAGGCCCCGUCGAUGGUCCGUCUGAGCGUGAGCAGUAGCACCACGCUGACCGUCACCUUCCAGGAGCCGCAGUGUCUCAACUCCACCGUGGUGACCAAAUACAGAGGUGAGGAGACCCACAACAACACACACACAGAGACACACAAAACACACAUUUAAAGAGCAGACAUGUCGGAUCGCUCUCAUGACCCGGUCCAUGAGAGUCCUCCAAAGGUUCUCUGAUUAUCUGGAGAGAGAGUCUGUUCAUUUACAUUCAAAUAAAUCCAUUUAUCACAGCUCUGUCCUUUCUGAACCUUUAAAGGACGAUGAGGAUAUAAACCGAGUCAAAUAUGCUGUUGCUAUAGUAACUCAAAAUCACUGUCUGACCGUGAGUGAGUUUCAUUUAAAUCCGUGUUUCUGUGUAUGAUGGCUCUGUUCAUAGAGAUCUCAGAGACGUCCUUCGUCUGUCUCUCAGUGAUUGGUGAUAAUAACGUUUAAUACAUCAUUUUUUUAAGUUCAUCGUCUUUCAGGAGGAGAAAAAAAGAAAUAAACUCUAAAGGAAAUUAACUCUGCAGAUAAAAAGGAAAUACAUAGUUAAAGUGACAGUUAUGGGUUUUUAAGUGCAGAUCUAUGAGUUACAAAUUAUUAUUUUGUGUUUGAGCAACAAUAGAUGUCUGACAGGGCGACUCUGUCACUCUAAAAACCAUGUGUUAAAGACUGUUUUUGUCAGGAUAACAAGAUGAAACCAAGACAUGAGGACGCUCUAUAUAAAUGAACACAGUAACAAAGACGUGAGGGUGAUCUAUAUAAAUGUACACACUAUGAUCAAGUAAAAGGGCGCUCUAUAUAGAUGUAAAUGUUCUAACAAGAUGUGUGGGCGCUCUAUGUAAAUGUUAACUCUGUGACCAAGUAAGAGGGCACUCUUUAUAAAGGUAAAUGUUGUAACCAAGAUGUGAGGGCGCUCUAUACAAACGUACACACUGUGACCAAGUAAAAGGGCACUCUAUAAAAAUGUUAACACUGUGACCAAGUUAGAGGGCGCUCUAUGUAAAUGUUGAUACUGUGACCACCAUGUUAAGGCACUCUUUAUAAAUGUAAACCCUGUGACCACAAUGUGAGGGCGCUCUAUAUUUAUGUACAGACUGUGACCAAGACAUGAGGGCGCUCUAUAAAUGUAAAUGUUGUAACCAAGAUGUGAGGGCGCUCUAUACAAAUGUACACCCUGUAACCAUGACGUGGAGGCGCACUAUAUAAAUGUACAUACUGUGACCACGAUGUGAGGGGCGCUCUAUGUAAAUGUAAACACUAUGAUCAAGUAAAAGGGCGCUCUACAUAAAUGUUAACACUGUUACCAAGUUAGAGGGCGCUCUAUAUAAAUGUUUAAUGCUGUGAGCAUGAUGUGAGGAUACUCUGUACGGUUUAAAGCCAUGGCUUUAAUUAAUCAUCGAAGCGCAGACUUGUCAGUCAGUUUUAGGGUUUGACGUUCGCGCUUGUCUUUCCAGGCUCAGACCAACUUUCAUGAAAGUCUUUGUCGUCUUCUUGGAGGAGGUCUGAGCAGCGUCUUUUUCUCUGCUUUGGUUAUGAAACAGUUUCCCUGAUCCAGCAGUAUUUUUCAUAACCUUGAUUUAACCAGGUUAGUCCCAAAGAGAGACCUGGCCGAGGUUAUGAUGCAGUAAAAAGAGACAAACUCAGCUCGUGCUGCUAAACGCUGUUUCUGCUGCAAACCUCUGGGGUCCCUGAGACAAAGCAACAGUUGAUCUGAGACGGUCUCCUCCGACUUUGAUCCGCAGGAAAAACUCGUUUAAUGAGUUAAUAAAGUCUGUUUUCAUACGUCGUCCGUGAAAUGAGCCUGUAGUGAUGCCUACAGAGUAAUUGAAUCGUCUUUUCAGUGCAGCUCUUCUUUGUUUCAUGCUUUUUAAAUCUCAAAUAUUUGAACCCAUCUUCAAACGUCUCCCUUGGGCCUCGUGUGUGGAGGCGGCUCCGACUGAAUUCAUUUUAAAAUCCUGUUUGUUCUGAGAAUAAAGAGGAGCUUGAACUCAUCACUAACUCCAGCUGAGGCUCUGAAACGACUCUCUGAGUCUGUUCAACAAAUCCUUCACAGCCAUUAGGACGAUCAAACCUCCACUUUUCAAGACUUUGUUCGUAUCUGAUGACUGCAGGUGUUUCCUAAAUAUAGAAACCAGGACUCAGAGAGGACAGGCUGUUGAACACGGUAUUUUCUAACAGAGAGAGAGAUGUGUAAAAAGAGAUGAAGAGAGAUGGAGAGACAGAGAGGAGGAGACGAUCAGAGACACCCCGAGGUCCUGAGCUCAGAAGGUUAACGACGGUUUCCUCGUCUCAGGAGGAACUAUUGAUUUUUUAAUAAAAGACAAAACCAACAUUUACCGCUGACAGGGCGCGGGUACUUAUCCUGUGUGUGUGUGUGUGUGCGCGCACGUGUGUGUGUGUGUGUGUGUGUGUUACAGUGGAGUGGAGCUGCCUGAAGGAUUUCUCUCUUCUCGCUGGAGAGACGGUGUUGGAUAAUCUGCAGAGCCUGAAGUGCAUCAUCAGCGGGCUCACCACGGUAACAGCAGCAUCCCUCCUCCCCCGCACCGUCUCCUCUCCUCACACGCAGAGUACACAGUGAUGCUGCACACACACACACACACACUAGCUCGUCUACAGAAACACCAGAUCCUCCUCUGGUCCAGGUUUUACUCGUUUUGUUUGUUAAUAGGUGACCUGAAGUCCAAAAACUCUCACACAGCACGCCGGCUCGGCUCAAACUCAGAGGCUAACACACGUAUUUCUGCUGAGAAGGAGAACAUCUGUUGGUUGCAGACGACUCUGUUUAGAGCCAACUUUUCAGACUCGAACUGGUUCUUCAGAGAUCUGUUUGGGGGCUGAAAGAACCAGUUCUUGAUCUGGAUCUGGACCACAAAAACGGGUCCUGAAUUCAAAGAUUCAGAACCAAAAUCAAGGUUCGAGCUCGAGUCUCUUCAGGUCGUACUCACUGACCGCUUCAGUUUAAUAACUUCUGGAUUUCAAAAUAAAAGCACAGUUUUACAACGCAGGAAAUAAACCAACCUUAAAGAAGUCGGAAACACUCGGCAGUGUCUUCUCCAAACUCCAAAGAAUUUGUGAGAGGACAAUAAAGACAGACAGAGUAAAUUACAGAGAAACGUAGAAUAAGGUGAGUUAAAAUUACAGUUAAAGUUAAGUGUAGAAGGAUUAUAAUUUUAAAGAUAAUAAUAAGAUUAAAAAACUUGUAUUUUUCAGGUAAGAAGGAUCACAGACAGCUUGAGGAGGAUCAUACAUGAUCAGUGAAUCUCACUCAGUCGGUCCUGUCUCCUCUGCUCACAGGUUGAAUCAGCUGUUUUGGACCUUACCUGUCGUUGUGUUUGCACCUUCACAGGGUCGGCUUUACUACGUCAGAGUGUCGGCUUAUAACAUGAGGGGCUGGGGUCCUCCCGCCUCCUCCCUCCCUCCGUCUGCUGCUCCCUCCAGUAAGUUCUUCAGACUCCUCUUUCCCUCAAACACAUCCAACCUAACUCUCUUUUGGAAAGGACAACUGAAGUCCAGUCGUCCUUUUUAACGAAGAGAUGGAAAUCCUAGAUGCUGCAUUCUAAGUUUUAAACAAUAUCUCCAGGUUUAGGAGCAACAUCUGCGUCCAUCCAGACACUGACUUUUCCAGGGAAGACCUUCAGAUGAUCCAAAACCACAUUAAUCGGAAUAAGACGAUAAUUCUGUUUUCUCGAGUGUCAUGACUGAGUGUUGAGCUGUCAUGUGGUCCAUCUUUGCAGGCUCUGGUUCUGGUGGGUUCAGAGGUUUGUGAAACAGGACCAGAGGAUCCAAGGACUCUUAGAGAAUAAAGCUCCUCUGUGUCUGAAACAGGAAGUCGAACCUCACCGUGUUUGAGCGUUUCCUGUCGUUAAUGUUCUCGCUCAGCUCGAGGUCCUCGGGCUGGAACAGCAGAGUCAUCCGCCCGUCACGACUCUCUUUCUCUCUGCACAUUCAAGCACCGCGGCCUUGAGUGUGUGUGUGUGUGUGUGUGUGUGUGUGUGUGUGUGUGUGUGUGUGUGUGUGUGCGCAUAUGUCAAAAGCAGAGGACUGAGUGUGUGUGUGUGUGUGUGGGUGUUAAAAGGGAACAGAGAGUGAAAACAUGAGUACGACUCUGAAAGCUGUUAUUCCAGCCUGUAGAGAUGUUUCACAUAAUCAAACACGCCUCUGUCAGCCUCAUGGUGGUGCUACAGCAAAGGCCAGAGGUCAACAAACACUGACAGGGUUCAGUUUAUCAGAAAGAAGAGGUUAUUUUUUUAUCAUCUUUCACAUGAUCAGAGUGGAGGAAGUGAACGUGGGCGGUUUUUGUACUCGUCUGUUUUUCAGCCUUAAAACGGUGAAUAAAUCCAACGACUGAAUCCGGUCAAAUUCAGGAGUCGUCUUCAGACAUGUCAGUUUGUCCAUCCUGAUUUUUAAAGAGCUGUUUCUCCUUCAUUCCUGUUUUCAGAUUGGAGAGAGAGCGACGGGCGGGAGCCCAGGAGGCGGGGCCACAUCGAGGCCAUGGAGCGUCUGCUGCAGCAGGUCCGAGCGACGCACACGCACUACUGCUGCGGAGGUGAGGACCUUAAAAAAACUUCUAAAACUUCUCCUGAAGUUUUUGUCUGAAUUUGUUUUUCUCUGAGAUAAAUAAACUCCAGCUCAUCAAAUCAAACAGCCGACAUGAGAUCAAGAGCAGAAACAUGGCGGGUAAACAGAAGGUCAAGAUCUUCUGAACAAGAUCUUAACUGAAGCUUCAAAUCAAUCCCAAGCGCAGCCUCAUUAUCGAUGCAGCGAUCUGAGUGGGCGGGGUGUGACGUGGUUCGGUCUGCUGUCUACGGACAGAUGCAGAGUUAGGAAAAAAACCCAAAACAAACCUGGCGAGCCCUCCAGGAGAACCCAGUACCAGGUCCUGGGUCUGUGUCUGCACUGACCCGGGUUGUUGAAGCAGUCUGAGGUGAAGUGGUCCACAGCUGCAGGUUGUGACUCGAUCUCAGAGUUGGUAGCAGCGUGAUGGCGGUAGAAUGUGGCGAUGUCCAGCGUUAGGGCUGGUGGGAACAACAGUGUUGUGGGUAAGUGCUUUCCUGACAGUAUAAUACCGUUAAAAUCACACAGUGGGACGCCAGUGUCACCGGCGUUUUUCUCAAACUGCGAUCGAUCAGAAGAGCACUUGAAGGUACUUUAGCUCCCCUCUCAGUCUCUAAAGGUUGUUUCCUCCUUUUGUCGGCGUCUGAUCCUCUCCUAAAAGAGCUGCGAACCUUUAACGCGUAAAAGCGCUAAAACGGUUUUAAGGUCGCUCUCAGACAGUUUUUUGAUGUUUCUCUUCUUUAAAGUCUCCUAAAUUAUCCUGUCAGAGUUUUUUUAUCCUGUGAAUGUUCAAAUAAAAGGCAGAGAUGUGUUCAGACUCAGGCUGUAGAGUUUAGGUGUUUUUUUAAACCUCAGAUAGGAAGUCGAGGAAAACCUCAGCAGGUGAUCAGAGUAAAGUUUGUGAUGGUCGACCUGUUCUCCAGCAGACAUGAUUAUAAGAUAUUAGUCAGUAAAAAAGUUAAAGAGCAUCAAAAACAAGAAGACAGGACACGAUCGAUACGGCCUCAAUAUCAGGCAGUUCAACACUGUAUGACAAGAGGGUAUACUUGAUAUAUGAUAUGAUAAUAUCCUCUAUAUGAUUAAGACUGUAUGAUAUGAGGAUAUACUGACAUGAUUAUAUACUAUAUGUAUGAUAAUAUACUCUAUAUUACAUGAUAAUAUAUUCUAUAUGAUAUGAUGAUAAACUCUAUGUAUGAUAAUACACUCUGUACAUAAAAAUAAACUCUAUAUGACAUUAUAAUAUACACUGUAUGAUGAGAAAAUAUACUCUAUAUGUUAUGAAAAUAUAUUCUAUAUGAUAUGCUGAUGUACUCUAUAUAUAAAAAUGUACUCUAAAUGAUAAGAAAAUAUACUCUAUAUGAUACGAUAAUAUGCUCUAUAUAUGAUAUGAUGAUAACCAUCAUAUGAUAUGAUGAUACUAUAAUAUAUUCUAUAUAUGAUAAUAUACUCCAAAUAUAAUUACGUACUAUAUAUGACAUCAUCAUAUACUCUAUAUAUGAUAAUAUACUCUAUAUGAUAUGAUUAUAAACUCUAUGUAUGAUAAUAAACUCUAUAUAUAAAAAUAAACUAUGUGAUAUGAUAAUAUACUCUAUAUGACAUGAUAAUAAACAUCGUUUGAUAUGAUGAUACAAGAAUAUACUCUACACGAUAUGAUGAUAUGAUAAUAUACACUACAUAAUAUGAUGAUAUACACUAUAUGAUAUGAUAAUACUCUAUAUGAUAUGAUAAUACAUACUCUAUUAUAUGAUAACAUACUCUAAAUGAUAUGAAGUUAUUAUGACAUAUUAUGAUAAGGUUUACUACUAUAAUGUGUUUUAAUUGUGUUUUUGGUCAUUUAGAAAACGCACCUUCACCUGGUCAAAGUCUGAGACAUGAUGUAACCUGGGCCGCUGCCAGUGCAAACACACAUAUUUCUGUAUAUACUACACACACACACACACACACACACACACGCACACACACGCACACACACACACACACACACACACACACACACACACACACACUCAGCAGUAAAUCCUUGUAGUUUUUCUCAAAGCUGUAGAAAUAAAGUGUAAAAGUAAAAAUCCUUCAUGUCUUUAACUCGAUGUAAAGAAAGCUCGCUCAAUUCAGCGUUAACCCUGAAUGUUUAUGAAUGUAAUGUAUACCUUCAACAGUGUGUGUGUGUGUGUGUGUGUGUGUGUGUGUGUGUGUGUGUGUGUGUGUGUGUGUGUGUGUGUGUGUGUGUGUGUGUGUGUGUGUGUAGGCUGUAUGUUUACACAACUUAUCCUCUGUGCCAGAAAUAAAUGUGUGAAAUUAAUCAGAGAGGUACAAAGCCGGCUCUAUUGAGGGUCCAUUAGUGACUGGAUCUCUUAAUUUAUGAUGUGUGUGUUGGACACACACACACACACACACACACACACACACACACACACACACACACAGGAGGCUGUGUGGUCGGAUAGAGAAACACACUCAGACACAGCGUCAUGUUCUCGGCUGGUUUCUGUAGAACAAAACGAUCUGAAGAAGUUCAGCUGACUGUCACUGAGAUCUGUUUAAAGGAGCAGUCUCAUGUUUUCUCCUAAUUAGCAUGUCUUUAAUUAGACCUGAUUAACAACAACAACACCUCCUGUGUGUGUAAUCAUCUAUCAGUUAGACCCUGUCUGUACUUUAGAGCACAGAUGACGACGACAACAACAACCUUCAGCGUGUGAUCAGUGGGAGUUUUCUGAAAGUCGCAGAAACAAACUUUUUAAAACACUCGCUGAUUCGUGUGUUUGUGUGAUUCUCCUCUCACCUGUCCGCCUCCCUGUCAGCUGUCAUUAUGAAUGUUUCAUGAACGUGCGACGGCGCUCAGACGACAAACUCUAACAGAGACAUUAAUGAGACAUCAGAGCGGCGAGCCGAAACCAAACCUCGUUAAUCAGCUGCGAGCGUCUCCAACCAAAACUCCUGUCUUUAUUUAUUCAGAGUGACGUUCAGCUGCUGUCACAUUAUCCACCUGUCAGACUCUGUUAGCCUCCAACACACCCCCCCACACACACACACACACACACACACACAGCAGCCUUUUACUGCCGCACAGAGCAGCUCGACCUGCUGCUGGAAUAACAAGCCCACAGUGUGUGUGUGUGUGUGUGUGUUUGUGUGUGCGUGUGUGUGUGAAGCUGGAGGCGUCCUGAUGACGUCCAGGUCGACCUGCCGCAGAGAUUUUCCUCUGACAGCCUCUAAAAGGUGAUUUAAGGGUUAAAGGUGUGUCAGACCCUGCGGCGGUGGCGGCGUUGGUCGUGGUUGUGUAUCUGUCUGUAGUCAGAAUGGCGAGCUCCGCAGACGUCUGUUUACAGGACGCUCGUUAUGUGACGCUUAAUUAGCCGGAGUAAAAAGGCCGCUGUGGUCUGUAGAUUGGCAUCACAGACCGCCGUCCUCACAAGGGGGGAGAGAUAGGCGGGCGAGCGAGGGAGAUAAGGAAGUCAGAUCUGUAACAUGGGAGAGUGACCCGACCCCGCUGACCCCGAACACACGGAAGAACGACCACAUGUUAAGUGUUUGGACCUGCGUUAAAAACUGAUCCAUCAGAACCAGGUUUCUCUCAGAUGAGUAAACUUCCUCUUCUUCUUCUUCUUCUUCUUCUUCUUCUCAGACACCUCGAAGCUGCAGAACCCGAGCAGGAAGCAGUCGGUCUCCAGGAGUCUGAAACAUCUCUUCAACUCCUCCAACAAGUUUGUGAAGACGCUGAAAAGGUUCGGAGAUCCGUCAGAGUCAGGGUCCUGAAAGGAGUCCUCCGUGAGUCUAACACCAGUGUGUGUGUGUGUGUGUGUGUGUGUGUGUGUGUGUGUGUGUGUGUUCAGGGGGAUCUACCUGGCCGCCGUGUUCUACCACAAAGACAGUCUACUGGUGACGGCGGAGGACCAGAUCCCCAUCGUGGAGGUGGACGACUCGUACAGCAGCUCCCUCAUGCAGGACUUCCUCUGGUUCACGAAGGUACCGAUCAACACUCAGGUGUUCAAACAAAGUGCAGGUGAAGCAUAUCAAUAACCAGAUUGGUCUGUCAGUCAUGUGACCGUCAUGGUCCUCCUCUGGUUGGCUGACAGACUGUCAUCGUUCAGUAUGUUGAAAAAUCAUAGUUUAGUAUAAUAUGAUAAAAUCUCAUAUUUAUGUUUGAUAUAAAUAAUUGCAAAAAUUGCAGCGUAGGCUCGAGCUCUAAUGGUUUAAAAAUGAUCCGUUAUGUCACUGAUCAGCUCUUUGCUUUUGUAGAUCAUCAUAAAAAAAAACUUAACUUGAAUUUGAGUUAAUUUUAAAGAUGUCAAAACAUCAUCACUGGAGCUUUAAGUUAAACCAAAAUAGACUCAGUCUUGAUUCUGACAACAGUGUGGAUCUCGUGGACCAGAACUUUGAGUGCUUGGAGAUUUGUGAAAACAAAAACCUCAAGAAUGUACAACUGUUAUUUCAGCUUCAUACUCAGGGACAAAAACCACCUGAUGGUCUGUAAAACCGUCCGUGUCCACGUAUAACAGAUGAUCUGAAUCUGCGUUAGAUAGAAAUGAAACAGCCUGAAUCGACAUCUCUGGUCCAGCCGUGAAGCUUUUCUUGACUCUCUGUCAGGUUUUCCCCUCGGAGCUGCAGUCUCCUGUUUUUCAGAGGAUCAGGUGUGAAGUCUCGGUUGGAUCUCAGACGUGUUUUUGAAUCCGACCGCCGCCGCCCCCGAACGCUGCUUUUAUGAGGCCCUAAAGUUUAAUAAGUGUCUGCAUGUGUGUGUGUCUGUUUGUGUGUUUGUAGCUGUCCUGUAUGUGGGAGGACGUGCGGUGGCUGAGACAGAGCAUGUCCGUGUCCAUGUCGUCGUCCUCCACCCUGCAGGCCCGACACAAGAUGCUCACCGCCGCCGGACAGAUGCAGGUCAGCCGCAGAAAACGCUCUUUACUUCAUUACAUCAGAAAUAAAAGAUCUUUAAAGACCAGGAUCCUGAGGGUCUCUGUCCCCGCAGAGCCUCCUCGGGACUCACAACCUGGGCCGCGUUCACUACGAGCCCAUCAAAGACCGCCACGGGAACGUGCUGCUGGUGACGAUCCGGGACACGGAGAGCCAGCACUCGCUGUUUAACGGGAAGUGGAUGCAGGUGACCAAACUUCAGAGCCAGAGGAAGAGCCUGUCCACGCCGGAGGAGCCGUACGCCCUCGACAUCCUCAUCAUCACCAUCCAGGUAACCUUCAGAACCACGGUCAGAGCGAUAAACCCAAACGCAGACGGACCUCUGACCUCUGACCGCACAGGUAUCUGUCUCUCUGUCUCCGCCCUGCAGGACAUCCUGGCGUAUCAGCGGCGCAGCAUGAACCGGCUGGCCCCGGGUCUGUACCUGGGUUACCUGAAGCUCAGCAGCUCUGUGGACCAGAUCCGAGUCCUCGUGUCCCAAAGGACCCCCAACAUGCUGUGUCACACCCGAAUACGGGACAACGGCAACGUGUCCAAGUACGCCAUCUCUCUCUCUCUCUCUCUCUCUCUCUCUCUCUCUCUCUCUCUCUCUCUCUCUCUCUCUCACUGCUUCUUCAUCAGAUCUGGAUCUUAAAGUCCCCGGCCUGAACCUGUCCCUGUUUUUGGGGGUAGAAGGUCUACACUGUCCGUCAUGUUCUCCAGAGUUCUUGUCUGUGUCCCGGUUUUGUUCAGGGAGGAGUGGGACUGGAUCCAAACGCUGUCGGCUGCAGGAGAUAAAGAGGGCGAGGAGGCGGGGCCAAGGCCGGAGAGCCACGCCCCUUUACUGUACUAUGAGCUGCAGACGGCCAUCAAGUCUCUGCUGAAACACAUCAACCUACCUCUGCACCAGGUAACGCCCACUCUGACACAGCUGGAGCGGUUCUGACCUCUGACCUGGUCUGACCUCCUGGUGUAACGCUGAUGACCUCUGACCUUCUGUACGCAGGCCCGUCACUUCCGUCUCUACAGUCAGGAGGUGGUCGAGCUCGGUCACGGCGUCUCCUUCCUGCUGCUGCUGCCCGCCGCCGACAACGUUUGCUCCGCCCCCGGACAGUCCAACCCCUACACGCCGCUGUCAGGAUUCCUCCACCUUCCUCUGCAGAUGUUUGAGCUCGGUAACUCACACACACACACACACGCACGCACACACACACACACACACACACACACACACACACACACAAAUCCUCCUUGAAUGAAACUCUUGGACGUGAAUCUCAGCGCUCUCACCAAACCUCUCUCAGAUUUUCACUCAUUUUCACUCAGACUUUCACUCGUCCUGAUUCGCCGUCCUCUCACAUCCAAAAGUUGUGGUUUUCGUGCGGCAGGAGGACUCGGCUCACAGCUCAGAGCGAGCGAGAUGUUCUCCUGGCGCUGAAAAAACCCUCACAGAGCGGCGAGAAACACGACGAGAACGUGCAAAUGAGCUGCUGAUCAGACGCCAGAGUCCAUUCAAGUUUCUGCCAGAGAAAAAAAAUCUGAGCGCGGAGAGUUUGAGAUUUCUGUCAGUCUGGACUCGUACCGUGGACUAUGACGACCACGCCGUUAUAAAUAAAGAUGAAAUCAUGAAGAAGAAGAAGAAGAGAGACGCUGAAGAAGAAAACUUUAUUUAUAUCAGCAGGUAAAAAAACACUCUUCUUCUUCUUCUUCUUCUUUAGUCCAUUUCUGCACCUACAAAGAGAAGUUCAUCAGUCUGUACUGCCGCCUGUCCUCCGUCCUCGACCUGGACGCCCUCAUCACCCAGCAGGCGUUACGAGAAGCCAUCACCGACGGCGAGGUGACCACGGCCAAACAGAGACACCAGCUCAUACUGGACUACAUCCAGGUGAGGAACCGCACCUGCACCUCCUGUUUUACACACACAGAAGGGACACAUGUGCACUGAAACAGCUGAUCGUGAACAGCUGUUUGUGUGACGAUGAAUAAAACAUGAAUGUUAAAGACCUCAGUAUCAAUAAACCACGGCGUCGCGUUCAACUGGUACAGUCUGUAUUUCUUUAUUCCUUGCUCCCAGUACUGUGAAACUAGAAACAUACAUAAUAGUACUUAAAUAAUUGAUUUUUUUAAACACAAUUUCACUAUUAAAACAACCACAAUGAUAACAUUCAAAACAAUUUCUCCCCCGACAUUAUCAAGACCACGCACGAUCGCAAACAAAACACGCCACUCAAAUUAUUUCACACUACCUGCCUCUCUUCGCCUACAAAAGGUGCAAACUGGACCAAAAAAGCCUCUUGUACUCGACCCCAGAUGUAUGUAUGUACAUGUAAACGCCGAGCUAAUUAUCACAGACAGUCGGAAAACCUCAGUUCAACUUUCCUUUAAUUACACUGACUUUUAAUCUUUUCCUCUCUCUACAACAACCCGAUCAUUUUCGUGUGACAAACUGCCAUUUGACGUCACUAUUUAACCCCUUUGUCGGUGUGCCGACCCUGAAUGUGAAUAACCAGCUUAACUGGCCACCAAAUCAUGUUAGGAUUAAUAACUUGGCAACACUAAAAGCUGUCCUAACAUGAUUUUCAACUCGCUAAAAACACUCGGUCUGCUGGUGGCCGAAGCGAUCAUUCAGUUUCUCCAACUUGAACCUUGACCUGGCGGACCAAUCUGUCAGGUCCUUCGGUGGCCUCCACCACCCGUCCGAAGUGCCACUGAUUUCUUGGAACAGUGUCCUCCUCGAUAAUGACAACAAAAUCAUGGCGUCCGAUCAUGGUGAAGUUUUUUCUGCAGAGUCAAAGAAAAGACGCAAACGUAGAAGAAAUUACAGAAACACUUCCUGAAGUUUCUGUUUUGACCACAUGAGAGAAGUUUACACCAAACUUCGUCAGAUUAGAAAUGUUCGAUCUUUGCCUGUUUGUGUAAAAGACGGACUGAAACGUGUCGGACUCACUCUUCGAUAGAGGAGCUGCUCUGGGAUCAGUUUUUAGGAGUCCGUCUGUGGUUUUAGAUCCAUGAAGUCAGACCUGGACCGUCAGAAACUGUGAAUGUUUCUGUGCAGAACAGAAAACUUCAAAACGAUGAGAGACUGAAUCUCAUUUUAAUCAUCGCUGAUUUAUUUUUACAGACAGAGAAACGUUAAAGAAGGAGCGAGCGUGAAAACAAAGAGUCAGCGCUCCACUUUGAGACGUUUAUUGAUGCCAUAAAGUCCGACUGCUGCCACCAUUAGCCGUUAAACUGCUUGUUUUUCUUUGGGUUAAAGAAGUUCACAAGUCCACAAGUACCAGAGCAAACUCGUCUCUCUGUGAAGAGUCACCGCCGCCGUUAAUGGAGACGCACCGCAAAACCACACGGGCAGGCGCUCUCCGAUCGCACGCUGCCAGACCCGUGUGUGUGUGUGUGUGUGUGUGUGUGUGUGUGUAACAAUCUGUCUGGCUCUCUGUCUGCCGUUUUAAUGCUCGGAAAAAAGCAGCCCCCCGACCACAAAUUACUCCGAGAGGGAGGGGGGACGUCAGGGGAAAAAAUAAUACCAAUCAGAGCACAUGUGUGUGUGUGUGUGUGUGUGUGUGUGUGUGUGUGUGUGUGUGUGUGUUAGUGAGAGACAGUAAAAUGUUGAUGUGAAGAGCAGAGGAAGAGAAGGUCCACGUCUGUCAACACAGGGACUUCUAUACUUGUGAGGACCUUCAGACUGCUCUUAAAAUGUUCAGAAAUGUCUCACAGCUGAGCAAUAACUUUUUUCCUUCAGUUUUUAAUCUGCUGAAAUUUUAGAAAAUUCCUCUCAAAGUGUAAAAGUUGAAAUAAACUCUCCGUCAUCAGUUUUUUUCUUUUAUUAAAACUUAUUUAGUUUGAAAAGAUGUUGAAUUACAAGGUCCAACAAACAAAUGUGACUGAAAAUCAAAACUUGUAUCUGAACACAAAUUUAAUUUCUUAAUAAAAAUGUUCCCAGUCUUCUUGAAAGGCCUAACUUAAUUCAUUUAUUCAAAAAACUGUUCACAUUUUCUAAGUAAAUGAAUAAAGUGUUUUUUUAAGCGUGAAAUCUCCAGUUGUAGAAAAAUGUGCGUCUUUACAAAAUAGUGCAGCUUUCAAUAAAACCUCAUCCUUUUGAAUUUUGAUGUCUCCUCUGUAUUAAAUAUUUUAUCCAAGUUAACCUGUUGAAUGAAAAUAUUCUUCUUUAACUUAAAAAAAAUAUUUUAAGUAGAUCUUUAAAACCUUGCCUCUGAAAUAUCUCAAAAUAUCCUUUACCUCUGAAAACAUCAACUUAAAUUAACCGGAAUUGUCUCAUAUUUUCCCACCAUUAAAAAUACGAUUUUUAAAAGGUCAUUUUUAAAAUUAUUUCUUUCAUUAAUUUUUUGUUGAGGAACUGAAAAAUGUCUUUACUUUUUAGGACACUAAGUUUCAUUUUUAAACGUCCCCACAUUCAUGGUGCCGAUUUUGUAUCAGUCCUCAGACAGAUAGAAAAACAAGUUGAGAUACACACACACUUAGAUCAUGUGAUCUGGGAGGUCCUGACACCGUCUGUGUGUGAGUGUACGAGUGUUACAGUGAAAGUGGGUUAGGAUGACGUGAUGCCGUCUAAUUGGACAGUUUGUUUAGACUCACCACAUGUUCAUCAGACAGAUCAGGACUGUCUGCACACGUGUGGUUUCUCCUCACACUGUCACUGACAUGAAAACUUCAGAGCUGUUAGAAAUGAUAAAAACACAGACAGGAAAACAUUAUUAUUAUUACUAAAACCAGGAGACCUUGUGUGUGUGUGUGUGUGUGUGUGUGUGUGUGUGUGUGUGUGUGUGUAGGAUGAUAAAUGAGCUUCAUUACAAAUUCAUUAUUUUUCUGCUCUUCACGUCGUUUAAUGUCGCUCUUCUCAUCAGUCCAUUAACCAAACCUUUUUUUUUUUAUCUCUAAGUUCAUUAGAUUGUUCUUAAAAAGACUGAUGAGAAUAAGAACAUUUUACAGACCAAACCAACCAGACCUGAUAAAUCUGGACUUUUUACCUUUGACAGAUCUACUCCUGCUAACUUCUCUACCUCCACACAACCCAGGUCCACUAAAACUGAGACUGAUCCUAGACCAACAAACUGUAGAUGAGAGUUAAGUCCCAGUAGAACUAGUGAUGCACCGAUCAGAUAUUUGGAUCGGAUAUCAGCUCCGAUUUUGACAAUUUAUAUUAACUGGAUCGGAUAUCGGAUGAAUGAUGCUGAUCCAGCGUUCCAAUCCUGUUUUGCUGUUACCUAAUUUUUCUUUUAUUACAUAGAAGUCUGACUUCUUUUUGCUGUGUGCUAAUGUGCAAUUUGUUAAUUUGUUGUUAAUAAAUAAUAUUAAGUAAAUUCAUAUCUGUGUUAAUUUGUGACUUUUUUUUUUUAAGCUAAUGUCAAGCCUUCACUGAUGGACGAUGAAGAAAGUCUCUGCUGUAGGUUUUCUGUUCCUGUGCGUCGGCGUCUCUGACAUCCUAAAGAAGUGGUCGUUCAUACUCAGAGGGUCCACAGACAGAAAGCAGAUGGGUUCAGGGUCUGAGUGAAUUCAUAAAACAGUUUUAGUCAAACACAGUUUCUGAGUCUGAACCACAUUUAUUCAAACUCCAUCUGAGAGCUGAAAUUUGUGCGUCUGACCCAAAGUUCUGGAGGGAUUAUCCACCAGCACACUCCUCUCCAGAGGAUCGUGUGUUAGUGACAGCUUGAGUCUGUCCAUGAUCUUCUGGAGGCAUUCGUCUUCACGCUGGCGUCACGCAGAGUGAACUCUGUCGGGAACUGAUGCGUGAUCCGCAACACAAAACCGUAAAACACGGCAUGAGGUCUGUGGGAAGUGACGCUGAGCAGGGAGAUCUGCUGUUGCUGCAGGUCGUCCUUGGAAACCUGCGAGUAUCAGUCUGUGUAUCUGACUCCUGACGCUGCUGUCAGACUCUGACCAGCUGCAGAUGUGUCUCUGCUCCGGAAAGUUCUUUACUACAUGUUCACAGAGGCGGACGGAGGCGGCGAAUUUUCCUUUUUACAGCAGGACCGUGGAAACGAGUCUGAAACCUUUGUCCGCUCUCCGGUCCUGCGAUGUCUCUUCAUCGAAUCAUCUCUUUAUUAUUUAUCAGUUAAUCAGUCCUGCACCGCCUCUGAUCGCCACAGGAGGGCGCCUGUAACACACAAGCUGCAGGAAACACACAGUGGAUCAUAUCAGCAUCACCUCUGCCCUCUGCUUCAGGCCGACCUCAGUAAACAUGGCCGAAAAAACAUGGCUGACAGCAAACAUAGUGCAUGCACCACGUGAUCGUCGUCGUAAACUCAGAGAAACUUCCGGUCUCCUGAGUCCAAAUCCAGAAUGGCGCCCCUCUGCAUCAGCUGAAAUUUCGCCAGUUCUAUCUUUGGACUUGUAGCGUGUUGUGUUAGCCGGUCAUGCUAACGUUAGCGGUGCUACAGUCUGACUUCAGUCACUGUUCCUACCUGAUCCGUCCCGGAAGUGAAUUUUUUUUUUGUAGGGUGGUAGGGAAAGGUCCCGCCCUCCUUCGCCUCUGAUUGGCUAGAAGUGCUGGGCUCUGAUUGGUUAUUCCUUAUGGCUUUGAAACGUCAUCGUCUGUCAGGUUAGGGUUAGGAAAUUCAGAAGUGCGAUAAUGUUCAGUUGGAUGUACAGAGCCGACAGCCCGUGUUUGGAUUGAGCUUGUGAUGACGUUUCCAGCUUUUCUAGCCAAUCAGAGACGAAGGAGGCGGGACUUUCUUCUACCAUCCUUCAAAAAAAAUUAGCUUCUGGGACAGGUCAGUUAGCGACAGUCGCCUCAGAGUGAUGUCUUCCUCAGCUGUAUCAUCAAACUCAGCCCACAGUUUUGAUGACUGUCAGAAUAACGAGUGAGAUAACGCGCCGUUAUGGUCAUGUGACCUCAUAAACCGCCGUGGGUUAUUUACAUCACACUUGAACCUUUAGAUAAACUCCAGCUGUGUGUGGCAGCAGACUCUCAGCAGACAGGUUGAAUAAUGUGAAUGUUUGAAGGAAAAUACCAGCGCCGCUGUGUUUGCUGUUGGUAAACAGAGCUCAGGCCUCCCUCUGUGGGACCAGCAGGAAUCUCCUCCGUGUUUUUCUCUCUGCGCGCUCGCUCCGCCAUCGCAGCCUCGGCAUUCUUUCCAGCCGAGUCAUCGCCCCUGUCAGUCUCCCCGCUGUGAGUGUGUGUGUGUGUGUGUGUGUGUGUGUGUGUGUGUGUCUGGCGCUCCUGCUUUCUGUCAGACAGUCGGCUAAUUGCUGCUUAACUUUUGUCACAGUUCGUUCUCUUCAAAAGCGAACACUCAGACGGUUUCUCUCCCACACACUCACAUGUUCUCAUAACACACUCCAACCUUUAAUAGAGGUCAGUAUCAAUGAAAUUAAAGUCCCAGGUGGUGAUGAACGGACGCUCGCUCUUCAGCGCGUGUUUGGACCUGCUGCAGCUCCGGGAUGUUCAGCUGCGGUAAUUUGUGCGAUCGCUGUAAACACGAGUUAACCGUUUAUCCUCCGCCCUUUUACAGCAGCUGGACGAGAUGCGUCGUGACCUCCGGUGGAUCACAGACGCUCUGCAGUACGCUCGCUACAAGCAUCCCCACGGCGGCGCCCCCAUCACCUGUCUGGUGGACGCCAACGCUCCGGAAAGCGACCCCAGCCAGCAGAAGACUGACUCCACCUCCUCCAACAUGGACUACCUGCCCACACCUUCCCCGUCACCGGAGCUGCGCAGAAGGAAAGCCGUCAGCGGUGAGUCGCUAACGUCCAUCAGAGCCCGUUUGUUUGUGUCACAUGACUCGGCGACAGCGUGAACAUUUGACGUUAAUAAAAACUUCUCCCUCAGACUCUCUGCUCGGCUCAGACGAGGACGGAUCCUCGGAGGUUUUCUUGCCGACAGACAGCGACUACGACUCCAGCGACGCCCUGAGCCCCCGAGACCUGGACCUGCUUUACUCACCCCCACAGGAUUUUUCCCAGCAGGCCGUGCACUCGCUGGGUGGGAGCGCUCCAGAUGUGCUCCAGAUCCACGAGCUCAGGUGAGAAGUGGUGGAAACAGUUUACUAACCGACUUUAGACUCAUGAGAGGAGGUGGAAAUCCCGGGUGAGACCUGUUAGAACCUCAGAGUCCGAGUCUCUGAUCCUGGUUUCUGUCCGCCCCCCCAGGUACAGCGUCUGUCCCCCUGCAGACCCCCCCCUCACUCCCAUGGCGAAGGAUCCGAAGUCUAAAGACGCUCCCCUCUCCUCCUCCCCCCUCCUCCCCCACUCCCCCUCCCUCUCCAAGCACUUUCCGUUCUCUACCUCCACCCUGCCGUCCUCCCCCUCCCUCCCUCUCUCCCCCAGGUUCACCAAAGACCUCCCCCUGUCCCUCCCCCACUCUCCCUCGCUGUCCGACACCACCAAAACUCUGGAGGGCCUCUCCCUCUCAAAGAGCCACCAUGAGGGCAUCACCCCCCUGAGGACCCUCGCCAACCCGCCCGCCAAACGCAAACUGCUCUCCAGGAGCCACCGGGGCCAGUACUUCAGCGGGCCCCAGCGCUGGCUCAGGGGCCACAGCGGAGAGAGUCUCACUGGGUCUCUAUCUGAGGGGGUCUACACCAAGCAGCUGGACCAGGACCUAACUCCGCCCGGGGACAGCCCCUCCCCCACCUACGUCAGCAGGAAGGGCCGACAGCGAGAGCCGCGGCCCCACGUACGCAGGAUCUUCGUGGAGCCCUGUAAGGAGCUGUCCCCGGGCCACGAGAGGAGGGGCUGGGAGGAGGGGGGAGGAGGGAAGACGCCCGAGGUGACGGCCGCAGGUGUGUCUGUGGUCGUGGCUCAGGUGGAGUCAGGAGAAGAGGGGGAGGAGUCAGAGGGAGCCGCCACCCAGGAAGUGGACUCAGACGACCAAACGAACUCCCAGGUGUCAGAGAUCCUGAGCAGCACUCUGUAGGUGAGCAGGUCAGUUUGACUCCUCCUCCUUACCUAAGUCCAGUCCUUACUGGUCCAGACAGAAAUACCAAUCCUUUUACUGAACCCUGAUAGGCUGUUGUUCGUAAAAAUGUCGGCUUUGUUUCGCUUUUCCUCACUAAUAAUGUAAAAUAUGUAAAAAUAAAACAUAAUCUUUGAUUUAAAGGUUUCAGAUUAACACCUGACUACCCUCCUCUGGUCACGGCAAAAAAACUAAAACUGCAUCAUGAACUUUUUACAUGAUUAUUAAAAUAAAUAAUGAACGGAAUAGGACCCAGUAUUGACCCCUGUGGAACGCCAUUCAGUAUUUUUAAAAUUAAAGAGUGAACUUUUUCCUUCCUCUAAGCAGGGCUGGACAUAAACUUUUUUCACAUGAGCUCCUACGUUAAAAAAGUAAGGAGCACAAAGAACUUUAGGGGAACAAUGAAAAUUGAUCAAAUAAUAUUUGUCUUAUUUUCCGACCUUAGUACUACUAUUAUAUGAUAUCAAUUUUAGGUGUUUUGGUCACAUGACAUUAAAGCUAUUAAAGACAACAGCCUUUUCUGAGAACAUCAACCGGUAAUUUAUUGACGGUCCCUUAUUCAACACCGACGUUGACAGUGAGGGUGUCGAGUAGAUUUAACCGCGCUGCUGUGGAGAGUGAGAAGACACCGUAAAACCUCAGUGAAUGUUCGUCGAAUAUCCAACCUAAAACUAACUUCACCGCAUAUGUGACCCUAAAUACAUUUUACACUUCGCACACAUCUAUUUUUAGUCGCAAAUGUGAGUGAAACGGUCGCACUGUCGAUCCCUGACUACCCUCCUCUGGUCACUAGCAUAAAACUAAAUUUGCAUCAUUAACUUUUUUCAUGAUUAUUAAUAUAAAUUAUAAAUGGAAUUGGACCCAGUACGGACCCCUGUGGAACGCCAUUCAGUAUAUUUAAAAUUAAAAGAUGAAUUUUGACACUUUUUCCUUCCUCUAAGGUAAUUUUUUAACCACUGGACAGAGUUUAGUCAAAACUAAACAAACUAAACGAUGCCGUGAUUACUUCGUCACUGAAAAGCAGCAUUUUGUCAACAUUAGACAAACCUGAAGUUCUGAGUGUAGUUGGAAACGUGAACUUCAGCUGAUGGGUUUCAUAAAAAUCUUUCUCUCUCUCUCUCUCUCUCUCUCUCUCUCUCUCUCUCUCUCUCUCUCUCUCUCCUCCGCAGUGACAACAUGCUGUGCGUGACCUCUCCUCAGACUCUAAUCUAAAGUUGCUGGUUCAACUCCACCAAGCCUCAGCACCCAUGGCAUCGACUGUUACAAAGAAAAUAAUCAAUGCAACGACAAACCAAGCACUGCUCGUCCGAACAGGAACUUUGCACACUUUGACUCGACCAAAAAAAAAAACAGAAGCUUCGAUUGUGACUUGUACAAAUAAAACCUUUUCGUUUAGUCGAACCCUCAGCCCUGAAUUUAAAGAGAUGGUUUCCAGAGUAUUAUGGAUUCUUUACUUGAAGUGAAUGUACAGCCCGGUCCGUCCCUCCCUCUGUCUGAGGUCUCCUGUGAUGAGUGAAUCUGUGGGUCCGUGAGCUGCUCCCACUGUGGUCGGGUUUGAACCUGUGGUGAUGAUAUUAAAUAUGUCUGAUUGUCCCCUCGCUCACUAAAGACAGACCACUGAGAGUAUUUUUGUAGUCUGAGGUUGAAGAUGUCUUUCUCCUGAUUGGUGGAUUGUCAGGUCUGUAUUUUGGCAUGAAGUCGUCUGUAGCUGUCUGUCUGUUCGUCUGGACUGAAGCUUCGUGUCCGGUUUGUGCCUCUUUGUUCAGCAUGACGGCGUCCGGGGUCAGAGGGGGGUCAGGAUAUCGUUUGUCUGCACUUUGCCCCCCCCCCGGACUCACAUGUCAGUGUUUGUUGUGCUGUUGUGUUGAUUUUUUUGUCUCUGUCGUGCUGCUGCUGUGUUUUUUUCUUUUCUAACAAGCUGCACCAAAAUCUUCGACUCCGGCUGGUGAGUCCGAGGGCAGUUUGAGCAUGCACAGGUCCUCCUCCACAUGUAUGCACGGUAUUUUAACGGUGCGUUUUUAAUGUUUGCACAGAGCAAUUAUGGAAUAAAAGCUAAUGGAGUCUGUUUUUGACGCAGUGGGGCCUUGACUGUGGCAGCUUCUUUCAGUAUCGACUGUAAAAGGUCCGUUUCACGUCCUCAAAAGUGUUGAUGAUAAAAAAAAAUCUGAAGAAUUAAUUGACUGUUUUCUUGUCUGGAUGUGAAGCACAAACUCUGCAGUUUUCACUGAAGUACAACACCUUUCCUUUCCUACACCCAACCCCACCCUCCAGCCGCAGCAGAUGAUUAGCCUAGCUUAGCAUGAAGACUCAAAGUAACGGGAAACCGCCUGUCAGGGUCUGAGCGAAGUUACAUUCAUAUCAACACAAAACAAACUGAAAAAUAUUUACGGCUGUCAAACAAAUGAUUUUUCACAAUGUGUUGGUAGUUAAUCGCGAUUAAUUUCUAAUCGCGUUGUCUUAAUCGUAUUAUUUUUCAUUUUUUUAUUAAAAACAGCAGAAAGCCAUUUAUGAUCGUUUCUUUAUCAUUUCUUUGAGUAAUAAUCACCAUAUUAAUCAUUUUUCAGACGCAGUAGUUCUUCUGUCUUAGCGUCUCGGUCUGAUUGUAUUUCCAUGAAGAAAUGAUCAUACACACGUGGACAAAAUUGUUGGUACCCCUCAGUUAAAGAAGGAAAAACCCACAAUUCUCACUGAAAUCACUUGAAACCUACAAAAGUAACAAUAAAUAAAAAUUUAUUGAAAAUUAAAUAAUCAAAAUCAGCCAUUACGUUUGAAAUGUUGAUUAACAUAAUUAUUUAAAAAAAACAAACUAAUGAAAUAGGGCUGGACAAAAAUGAUGGUACCUCUAUAAAAGAUUGAAAACUAUUUGACCAGAGUGACAUGAUUAACUCAGGUGUGUCCUUUAAUUGACAUCACAGGUGUUUCCAAACUCAUAACCAGUCAGUCUGCCUAUUUAAAGGGAGACAAGUAGUCACUCUGCUGUUUGGUGAAAAGGUGUGUACCACACUGAACAUGGACAACAGAAAGCGAAGGAGAGAAUUGUCCCAGGACAUCCGAAAAAAAAUUAUAGACAAACAUCUUAAAGGUGCAGGCUAUAAGACCAUCUCUAAACAGCUUGAAGUUCCUGUGACAACAGUGGCUCAUAUUAUUCAGAAGUUCAAGACCCACGGGACAGUAGCCAACCUCCCUGGACGUGGCCGCAAGAGGAAAAUUGAUGACAGAUUGAAGAGACAGAUCGUUCGAAUUGUAUCCAAAGAGCCCAGGACAACCUCCAAAGAAAUUAAAGGUGAACUCCAAGGCCAAGGUACAUCAGUGUCAGAUCGCACCAUUCGUCGUUGUUUGAGCCAAAGUGGACUUCAUGGGAGACGACCAAGGAGGACACCACUGCUGAAAAAAAAUCAUAAAAAAGCGAGACUGGAAUUUGCAAAAAUGCAUGUUGACAAGCCACAAAGCUUCUGGGAGAAUGUCCUUUGGACAGAUGAGACCAAACUGGAGCUUUUUGGUAAGGCACAUCAACUCUGUGUUCAUAGACUCAAAAACCAAGCAUACGAAGAAAAGAACACUGUCCCUACGGUGAAACAUGGAGGAGGCUCAGCAAUGUUUUGGGGCUGCUUUGCUGCAUCUGGCACAGGGUGUCUUGAAUGUGUGCAAGGUAAAAUGAAAUCUGACGACUAUCAAGGCAUUCUGGAGAGAAAUGUGCUGCCUAGUGUCAGAAAGCUUGGUCUCAGUCGCAGGUCAUGGGUCUUCCAACAGGACAACGAUCCAAAACACACAGCCAAAAACACCCAAGAAUGGCUGAGAGAAAAGCGUUGGACUAUUCUAAAGUGGCCUUCCAUGAGCCCAGAUCUGAAUCCCA